GGAGAAGCGGGAACAAAGAUGGACGAACGCAUACUUUUGAGGCUUAGGAUUAAAGUCUUGGUGCUCUAACUAUUCUGCGUUAACUAAGGUAAUGAAUCGCUUUUUUCCUCUUUUGUGUCUGUUUGUCAUAACUUAGUCAAUUUAGGUGUAUUUUAGACGUGGAUCGAUCAUCGUAAGAUCUUUUGAUUUCCGAUGGCCACUUUCUCUGCCAGUGCUUGCUGCAUGCACAGCGCUUUACACUUUUUGCGUGAAAUAGUUAGUGUGCCGUAACAUUAGAUUGUUUUCAGCAUCGGGUAGUUGAUGAACUUUGAAACAUUUGGGGUUAGACAAAUCGAAGCACAGUAAAGUCACAACCAUAAGAAAAUAAGCUUACAUUAGAGAAAUGUUAAAUUCGUUUCCUUCACACUUCUGUCAUUCGCUAAUAAACUCUCGAAUAUAAUUUCAACAGUGUGGAAGUGCUAAUUGUUGUAUUUAAGCCAUUGGCAAGUAUUUUCCAAUCUAAGUGUGGUACAUUUCUUAAUUCAAGUACAUUUUGUGAUCCAAGCGCAAAUGAAAACAGAGGCAGUUAAUCUUUUAAACUGUAUUGAAAUGUAGUGAUCAAAGGAAUGGAUAGCGACUUUUAAUUGUUACAUCAGGGUCGUAAAAAAGUUGUUCAUCUGUUUAACAAGUAGAUUCCAUGUUGCUGUACAUCUGUUCAGUAAUAGAUCACUGAUGACGCCAAGUGUGUCACUGAUGUUUUACUACAUUUUGACGUCUUUUUUAACCUAUUACCAAACGGACGCAUGCCGACAUGGAAUCUGUUGGGUUUAUAUGUUGAACAGAAAAGGGAAAACAAUAAACUUGCCUCAUAUAUACUGACUGUUCGAGGAUUUUCUGCCAGUUUGAGCUUUUUCCAUGUCACAAACUGCUACGUUUCAUUGCUGUUCCUUGUUUUUCUCUUUUAUCUUAUUUGUAGACAGUUUCUCCCAAACAUUUUUAAUGCAUGCUAAUGAAGUUGAAACAAAGGAAAAACAAAAAUUACCUGAGAUAAAAAGUUAACUACAACAUCUAUGUUAUAAUUCAAUUUUAUCCUUGGCUCAACGUUUUUUUUGUUUUUCUGUGUUUCAAACUCAUUAUCAUACAUUACCAUACCUAAAAAUACGUUUGACCUCUAACAUAUAUGUUGUGGUUCAAUUUUAUCCUUGGUUUAAAUUCAAUUUCCCUUUAACUUCAUUAAAUUCAUUCACAUAUAUUACCAUACCUCAAAACAAAGGGUAAAUGUUUUUCUUUUUUUUAACAGAUAGACAAAAAUGGCUUCUUCAAGUCCAGCUUCUGUGACAUCUCCCCAGGAGUCUGGGCCAACAAACAUUGUCAAGAUGUUUACUACAUAUACUAACAUCUUAACAGAGGCCUCUAUGCGUGAGUACAGAGGGUGAAGGGGGCAAACGUGUGGAUAUGGCAGUGGGAUAGGAGGCGGGGAGUGGGGGAGGGGGGGGGAACUAGCACCUAUCAAACCUAGUCAUCAGUUUUUAAGAGGGGGGUGGGUAAAUCUAUAUUUUCUUCACUGAAUAUUAUUUUGGAUAUUCAGUGUUGGAUAUAAGAUGAUUAUAGCCAACUUGGCGCUAUGCACCUCAUUGGCUAUCUACAUGUACCAUCUCAUAUCCAGUGCACAGUGGUGGAAUAAUAAUUAUUGUUUUAUUAAAAACGCCCACAAAAUGUUGAGAAUUUUUCCUGACUUUAUUUGUAAAAACAACCGACAUGGUGCAUGUAUAAUGGCUCAUAUACCAUGAUGGCUAGAGCUCUAGAAUUGUAUUAUCCAAUGAUUCAGUUUUUAACAAUGACUGUUAUUGUAUUUAACUUGCACACAUCAUUCCUUGUGCUUGAGAUUUAGGUUUCCAGCUCACACUUUGCUUCCCCUUCUUGUAAAAAAAAUAUUUUUCCCUUCUUUGCCUUUAGCUGAAGACAAAAAGUUAAAAGCUGCCCAAGAAAUCAGUGAAAACUUUGAGGUUUGUAAACCUUAGUUUGUAGGUUUAAUUUGUGGAACAUGUAUUUGACAGUCUUGUUAAUUAGAACAAGAUGAUGUAGCAGUUUUUGUUCUGUGAUCCUUCGCAGAGUAAAAGUACAUGUACUUUAAAUAAUCGUGCUACGCCGAUUCAUGGAACUAUUGAUGCACUGCAAUCAUAAGUGUUUUGAUAGCAAUGCAUUGAUUACAAAUUCAAAAUCAUGAUUGUUUUGUUAAUUAUGAAUAGUUAUGAUAGUUUUCAAUGCAUUGAUUACAAAUUUUGGUUGGACAAAAAAGGUUCAUGAUUGUUUUGUUAAUUAAAGGGAAGGAAACAGGAUUUUGAAUAGUUAUGAUUUCCAGACAUGAAGUACAAACACAGCUGGGACACUACCCAAUGUCUGAUACCGACUUUUAUUUGCAGUCCUAACACUGGCACACAGUUUUUCAUUUUUCUAUAUUUUUGUUUUCACAGAGUAUUGUACAGUCAUCAAGUUAUUCAGCAUUCCUUGAACACUCAAUACCAAGAUUUUUACAAUACCUUAGGGAAGGUAAGAAGAAAAACAUGAAUUGAAAUGAAUCAAAUGUUGAACUGCUGAUAAAGAUAUAAAAGUGAACAUGAUCCUCCUCAUUGAAUGUCGUUAUGAAUGAAUAACCUAAGCAGUUGAAAAAGAACCUGAAAAAUUCUGGUGUGAAUUUUUUUUACAUGCAGAUGUUACGGGUCAAAAGUAAAUUCAUGUUAAAAUUUUUAACUUGUAACAUAGACCUAAUUUUGUACCUGUAGCUAGUUAAUGGCAAGGCAGUCAGCCUCUAUGGAAACAUUAUUAAUUGUCAUUACUUACAAGUUGUCUGUUUUGCGUUGAGAGGGGUUUAACUUCUUACAUGUAGCACUACAUAUGUUAUUCUUUUUAUUGCUGUAAAGGUAGCAGUGACAUGAAUAAUUGCAGCUAAAAUAAAUAUAUGUAUAUUUUAGUCUUAAUCUUAUUAUACUUCUCAAUUCAGGAGAACCACAGUUUGUUGCAGAAGUUCCAGCACAGGUAUGGUAAUGUGAACACCAAACUACAGCAACUAAACUAUAUCAUCUACACUAAACUAACAGCAACUUCCCCAACUACAGCAACUACAAUAAACUACACCAACUGCACUAAAUUAAACUUUCCCAAGUUCUACACCAAGCUGCACUUGAACCUUUCCACAAUGGCCACCUUGGGGACAGAAGAAAGUGGCCAUCAUAAAGAGGUGGUCGUUGUAGAGAAGUUUACACCAGCGUUAAUGUAUGCACUCUUUGCCAGCGGGGACAUUGUUCCCCAAAAAUGACAAGACAUAAAUAUGAUAAUAUUGGUGUGUACUCUGGUAAUCUUGGAUCUCAGACCAAAUUUCCUUAUGAAUAAUAUUUAUUAUAAAAUUAUUGCUUUGUUGAUCUUUCUUUAUUUUUAUUUUUCAGCAACUGAGAAAACUAUUGCUUGAGAUUCUUCAUCGUAUUCCUACUAAUGAUCACUUGAGACCUCACUUCCAGGUAAGUAUGGAGUUCUAAUAAAAUAAUGACAUCAUAAAACUUACAUGUAAAUAUUUGAAAUUAUCGGAUUUGUUGGGAUAUUUUGAAAGAACAGCAUCUGAAAGGUGUACUUGCCAAAAACUAGCAUUGUGGGGCAAAUUGUCUUGCAGAUACUAGUCCUGUUUUGCUCUGAUGACUCCAUACAAAUCCUUCUAAAUUUGACUUGGUUCCCAAUGUUAUGAACUGAGUCAUCAGAGCAUAACUGGGCUAAUAUCUGACUCAAAGACAAUCUGCCUAGGAAUGCUAAUAUUUGGCAAGUAGGCCUUUUGAAUGUUGUUCUUUCAUAUUACCCCCAAAAAUCCCAUAAGAUUUACCCAAAUUCAUUUUUUUUAUGACAUCACACUUUGGAACUCCCCAAAAAUACUGCUUGUCUAUGUGGCAAUUUUGAACCAUUGCUUAAAGAGAAAACUUACUAAUUUCAAGGAUGAGAAAUAACAGACUUAUACAUCCCUGUUUCUUUUUUUUAUAGUCUAUACUUUCUCUGAUGUUUUAUCUACUUGAGGUAAGCAGUACAGUGUACAUGCAUGAUUGUAUGUUUUCAACAGAACUUGACUAGUGAUCAUGCUGGCAGCUUUAAUAAACAAAAACUAUUCCUCUGAAAAAAAUAGUAAUGUAAAAUGAUCCAAUUCAAAGUCCUCUACUUUAUUUGAACUUGAUUGCAUGUAGCUAUCUGUUUGAAUUAUACAAUAUGUGUAAGCUCCUGCAAAAUUUAACAGUUACUGAAGUUCAAUGAAAGAGUACAAGGGAAAGAAUUCCUUCUUAGGUACACUGUAAUGCUACAGUACAUGUGUACAUGUGUGCAACAAAUGUCAAGUCAUUCUUGAUGUCAGUGUAACAUGUCACGAUCAUGAAGGGUUUUAUUCUCGAGCAUCCUAUCAACCAAUUGUUGACUGAAAAGUAUUUUAAAUGCCUCAAAACAAAGAAUUUCAUCAAUGAAAGCUGCCUUUACCGCUAGGCUCAAUUUAGUAACACAAAUCAUGGAAGUCACAUACUUUUCUUGCUGGUCAAGAAAGUCUAGAAUUAAGACUGAAACCCACAAAAAAAUUGUUAGCCUGCAGUGCUUUGAAAUGUACCAGUAAGCAUUUAAAUAAAGUAAUCAGAGUGAAUAGCUGUGGAUACUCUUUCUUUUUCUGUAUUUACUCCCUUUUCUUGUGAGCAUCGGCUUGGAUCAUAACUUGCGUGCUACUUGAAACAGCUUAUUUAAUUUUAGUAACAUUUCAAGUGGUUGCAGGGGUAAGAAGUGUUGUUUCAAGCGGUAAAUUUUACUGGUUACCUCCUGAUAAGGAGAACACUGGAAAAAGGGGAGGGGGGGAUCGCAAGCAAAAGAUAAUGGACUGGUCAUUUACGGCAAGUAGCCCAAAAGUGUGACCUCCUUUAAUUAAUUCACAUUCUUUAUGAAGGCGUUAACCAAUCAGAAGUUGAGGACAGUUUCCAGUUGGCUUCUGAUUGGGUUAAAUCUGCACGAAAGAAUGUGAAUAAAUUAAAAGCGGUCACACUUUUGGACUCUCUGCUGAAAGUCCAAAUAAGGUACAUGGUCUCAAGAAUUUUUUUCAUCUGAUUGUACAUGUAGCCUUGCCUUGCUUUGCGCCCCUAUUUUGUAUUUUGUAUUUUAUAUUUUGUUUAAUUCUUUUUCACUUCAUUAGAUUGAAAAUGAAGAGAACGUGUUAGUUUGUUUGAGAAUCAUUAUUGAGCUUCACAAGCAGUUCAGACCACCACUGCAGUCUGAGGUACAGUUUAGUAAUGUCAAAUAGUUAUUACAUAAUCAUGAAUACAUUAAGUACCAUUUUAUAAUAAGUAGUCAUCUCACGAUGUACUUCCCUGUUGAACAGUGUUUUAUUAUCAUCAUCAAAUUUGUUAAGAAUAUUUUUGUGGUCAAUUAUUAUUAUCGUUCAUAUUCAUUUGCAACAGAAAGAACAGAAGGGAAAAAAUCAUAGUAACAACCAUGAGUGAUGAUUGUGGUAAAAAGAUGCUUGGGAUCUUACACUUAAUGAUCUUGAUUGGAUUCUUUCAUGGACUCUUCUCUCUGCUGUUGUUCAAAACCAGAUGUGGGUGAUCAGUAAUAAGCUCAUGACCCUUUUUUCUCAAAGCACUAAGACCGUAAAACACUCUUAAAUGCAGUGUAAUUGGUGAUUCAUUUAAUUUUGAAGCAGUUCUUAGAAGCCAGCUAUUUUACAAUGUACAUCACUAAAAUUUGUUUUCUGCACAGUAGUUUUAUGUGUAUCUGAGUUAUGCAAGUUAAAAACAGCUUUGUUUUGUACAGCUGGAGGGGAUAAGUAUCCACUAAUAUAUUAUUAUUAUCUUUACAGAUACAGCAUUUUCUACAAUUUGUGAAGACAAUUUACAAAGAUUUACCAACAAAUGUGGUAUGAUGAUCUACACAUUCAAGUACUCCAUGUUUACAAGACAUUGUGGUUGGAAAUCUGUUUUCAGUGUUUUCUAACCCAACAAAAUAAACAGCAUAAUGAAGCAGUCUUUCUUCUCUUUUUUAGAAACAAUUCUUUGACGUUGUGCCAAUAUCAGCCACUGGGUUUUUACCAGCAGAGAACAAUGCUGGUGCCACCACUCCUACCAUCACUAACCCUGGGUUAAGCACUGGAUCUGCAUCUACCACCUCACCCCUGAAUACUGGAGAUGUGGGAAGCGGAAAAAGUUCGCAACAGGUUUGUAUGUUCGGCAUGAUGAUAUUUUUUAUAGUUUUAUCACAGAUGGGUAAAAAUGAUUAUUUAUGUAUGCUAGAGGAUAUUUAUUUAUUUUUGUGGUGUUGUGUUUGCCUUUUUCAGACCACAAUUCCCAAGGCAGUAAACUCACUGAAAGUCUUGGCUGAGUUACCAAUCAUCGUGGUUUUAAUGUAUCAGGUAAGUAAUAAAUCAGCUUUGGGGUCAUUUGGAAGACUUUUAUGGUCAUCUGCUGGCCGCAGGUAUUCUCCAGGCAGUAACUACACCCUUCUUGCAGCUCCAUUAAUAAACAAUAAUUGUUGAUUAUUUUUGAUUAUUGUUUUUUAUUGGAUAAGGUUUUUUGUGAUUAGAUAUCCAGAAUAAUCAAGGUGGUGGGAAGUGUUAUCAGCUGAGCUGAGGCUGAUAACACUUAUUGAGAUGUUGAUUAUCUAGGAUAUCACAAAAACUGAAUCUGGUAAUUGUUUUAUUGUACAUUGUUUAAAAAAAAUUACAUAAAACACACUGUCACACUGACCCAAUAUGGCAUUGCUCUCAGAAAUAAUGAUUUGUGUACACAACCUACAGAUUAUUCACUUUUAUGUUAUAUAGGUCUGCUAGGAUUUCCAAAAUCAACUGUAGGCUCUUUACCAAUGCGAAGACAGAUAUUGAGUACAAUGUUUAAUAACAGUGACUAAUCUGUAGGUUGAGUGGAUUUCCAAAAUCAACUGUAGGCUCUUUACCAAAUGCAAUGCGAAGACAGAUAGUGAGUACAAUGUUUAAUACAUGUAACAUUCAGUCUUUUGUAGCUUUACAGCGUUCAGUUGGUCUUUGAGUCACUUCAGAAAAUGGAUUUAAGAUUUCAAUGGUGUAAUCUGGGUAGACUGUUUAGUUGCUACCUCUGGCAUUGCUGGCUUAUUAUCCAGGUCCAAGUUGUUGGCAAGGUGGAUAAUGCUUUUAACUCUGAUAAAAUCUAUCCAGUGGAUAACACAAUUGGUUUCUAUAAUGCUUGUCCACUGGAUAGUGAUUUUUCCGGUGGAUAGCGCUAUCCAUCAUCAUAACAACCCGUGCCAGUUCUUUUAGGGUAGUUGUUAUUAAUGAUCACAGCUAUAAAAAAAACUGUUAUUCUGUUUUCUUUUUCAGUUAUACAAACAGAAUGUACACAGUGUUGUGGCUGACUUCAUCCCACUGAUAAUGAACACAAUCAUUCUGCAGCCAUCCCUUACUGCAAGGUAAGAACUGAAGAAAUGCGGGUUGACAUUAAUUUUGUGACAAGUUAUGAAGCACUAGCUGUUCAUUAUAUUUGUUGUGUCAAACCUGGACUAUUGUUCACAAAUUUUCAAUUUCCAGGAAAUCUCCAACUUUCAAUAAAGAAGUAUAUGUAGACUUUGUUGCGGCACAGAUCAAGACACUAUCUUUCCUAGCGUACAUUAUCAGGAUUUAUCAAGACAUGGUCAAUACCUACUCACAGAACAUGGUUGGUGGAAUGCUGGGUCUCCUACGGUACUGUCCACAAGAAGUCGCCCAUCUGAGAAAGGAGUUACUGAUUGCUGCCCGACACAUUUUGGCUACAGAUCUAAGAAAUAGUAAGUGGAAGGAUAAGUGAUGAUUUUGAAUGUUUGAUGCAGUGGUAAUUGUGGGAUUUUGAUUGGGUGAGAGGUCGGUGCAAGUAGGGUAAAGCAGAGUGGGUAGGGAAUUAGUCACCAGACUGUCCAACUAUCCCGAUUUUGUCGGGAUUCUCCUGAUUUGGCUUGAAAAUCCCGAAUGCCAACCAAUAUACAAUGGGGAUGGGUAAUCCCGAUUUUGAUAUUUGUUCUGAUAUUUUUCAGAUGAAUUCUUAUGAUGCUCAUACAUCAACAUCUAACGGAGUGCAUGUACUUGACUAAAAUUGGUGUCCAGGAAACUUAGAAAAACGCACAAAAUAUAAAUUAAAUUCAAGUAUUUAUACGCGAAGACAUGUAAAUAAAAAUAAGCAAAAAAAAUGGCAAUCGAUUUGUGUGAUUUAGCGAACAUUUAAGACAAAAUCGUCCUCUCAGAACACUGGAAAUGGCUUUUUAGAGCAUCAAGAUUUCAAAAUUUUUUAAGGAGAAAACCCCCCAGGCCCCCCUACCAGCUCAGCCAGUGACUCAUCAGUGAUUAAAAAAUUUCCUGAUUUUACAUGUAAUUACUCAAAGGUUGGACUUAUAGUAGGGGCCAGGGAUUUUGGUGAUACAAAAUAAUGAGGCAUCCUUCGCUGUUUUCCCCAUUUUCACUCUUACUUUCUAAAGUUUAAAAUUGAGUUCCUUCUGCUGCACGAAACAGAAGCAAAGAACCACUGAACAAUAACAAAGAAUAACACAGGAAGGAAGUAUCAUAAAUCUAGGAUUGCAGCUACACAUGUCCAGUAGCUUGGUGGGCAUCAUCCUUUAAAAUCUUUUUAGCCUUUUAUCAAGUUAUUCCAUGCCUUUUCCAUAGGAUUUGUUCCUCACAUUGACCAGUUGUUUGAUGAAGAAGUGUUGAUUGGAAAGGGCUGGACAACCAAGGAGUCGUUGCGUCCCUUAGCUUACAGCACUCUUGCUGACCUGGUCCACCAUGUGCGCACUCAUCUUCCACUCCCUCAUCUGUCACUGGCUGUCCACAUGUUCUCCAAGAAUGUCCAUGAUGACUCACUUCCUGUCAGCAUUCAAACAAUGUCAUGCAAGGUAAAAUAUUUAUUCAAGUCUCCAUACUCCACCUUAUUGCAGCAAACAUUCAGUAGAUUCAUCCUGAUUGUUAUUCCCACUGCCAUUUUCAUCACCCUCAUCUCCAUUACCACCAACCUCAUUGCCGCCAUCAUUGUAUUCCUUCCACAGUAAUUUGUCAACUUAACUACCAGUGACUGAAACUUUAGCGUUGGCGACCAGAAUUUUAAGGCUAGUUGCUAGAACUAACUUUCAGUGCCUUGUCAAUGUUUUCAACUGGUGCUAAAGGAAUUAGUUUUGUUUAAUGUUUUGCGUUUGAUUUCAAGAAGAAGCUUACCCCUUAAUUUGUCAAAGUUUUUAAUCUCCACAGAAAAUAAUAUUUCUAAAAAAUAGGAAAUCUAAAAAGUAUUGACUGUUUACAUUGUACUGGCGAACGAAAUCACUGCUGUCGGAAGGUUUGAGCAAUGUUGUUCUGAAGUAACCUGUUAUGAGCAACAUUGUGGCUAGCUUUGCACGUAAAUCCUUCCUAAAAAAAUGCUUUGUACUUGGAAAGGUGGUUGCAUUAUGUUCAAUCCUCAAACUAAGAGAGCUAUCUAUUUAAUGAAAAGUGCCUUCUAUAAAAUGCCUAAGCUACAUGAUCAUUUAAUGCCUUUUUUACAUAGAUAUCUCAGUGACUUUUGCAUUCGUUCAUGAGUAUUAAAGAUUAUGUUUUAGCAUAAAAAUGUCUUUGUUUUGUUUCUUUGUGUUUUACUGUUAAGCAAAAAUUUUACAGACACUUGCUGGAAACCAAACCAGUCACUGGUUGUCUCCUGUAUAAAAAAGUUAAUUGGAUUGUGCACCACUAUUCUCAUCAAAAUCAUCAUUGCUAUCAAUUUUAUUGUCUGUUGGACUCUGUUGGACAAUAAUUACCAGUAUUUUAAUAUUUUACGUUUCUUUUCAAAUUUCUAGCUCCUUUUGAAUCUUGUGGAGUGUAUUAGACAGAAGAGUGAUGAACAGGGAACAGUAUGUACACUAUAAUGAUUUGAUGGCAGUGUUUUGCUUGAUAAUUGUGUUUCCUCUUUGGUUUUGAAGGUCUAUCUAAAAAUGACUUCACAUCUUCUUUUGUUCUUUUUAGGGACGAGAAAUUCUUAUGCGAAUGUUAGAGGUGUUUGUGAGGAAAUUCCAGUCAAUUGCUAAGCACCAUGUCCCAGCUAUCUUCAACAGAUGGUAUGGAAACUUGAAAGUGAAAUUUUCUCAAUCACUACUGAAAAUAUUUGCAUAUUAUUGUGGUAUUUUUAACAAAAUGGAGCACCAAAUUAAAUUUUGAGGGCGGCAUGUAAUAGUCAUUAAUUUGCUUCCAUCUGUUCUGUUUAUUCGAGUUACUACGGUACUUGCUGGUCAGUAGUCCCCGCUUUCUUUCUUGCUGUCUUUAAAUUGUUGACUGCAAAAUAAAUGGAUUUUGUAGCCCACAGAUGAGUGAGCUUCAAGCACAACAAACAGCAGCUCAACAAUCCAGCUCUAAUCCCACUGCAUCUUCUUCUGCUACUAGCAGCAGCACAGCUCCUGAUCGCAGCUCUUCAUCAAGUGCCACUGUAGCCUCAGCAGCAUCAAGCUCAACAACAAACGGUGAAUCACAGUCCACAGAGAAGCAGGAACAAGAACCAGUCAAGGUAAAGAGGAUAUUCCUUUAGCCCUGCUAAAUUUAGUAAUUGAUAUAGGUAUUUUUGAUUAAUUUAUUUAAUUAAUUAGAGGGCCACAAGUUUGUUAGCGUUUAGCUAUUUAGUGUUACCCUCACUAAAUCAACUCACUAAAUCGAGUGUCUACUUAUUUGCUUAAUUUACUUACCAGUACUUUUACUUACUGACUGACUGAAUUACUUUCCUUACUUAUUUUCCUACUGUCAAAUUAUUUUAUCACUAUUGUGAAAGCAUACUUGGCACAGAAACUCUUAGGGCCAAAUAUUAAGACACAUUAUUUUUAGCCAGUAUUUAACAAAACCACAUUCUAAGUCAUUUUCAAUUUGCCCAACGAUUUUUCUAAACAUCAUUUAUUCUAAACAGUUUUAUGAAAGCAUAAUAUAGAGAAGACUAGAAAAGCAUUUAUCUUCUUAAAACAACGCACCAAAGAAGAGAUCUGGAGGUUCAAAUAUUUGUUAAAAAAUGGCUUAAGUUAGACUUCAUCUAAACAUUUGGCUCUUAGUGUUUCAAAAGGAGACUUAUGGAGAAUAUUUUUGUGUCUGUCUUAAUUCGAUAAUUAUUUAAUUUCUUACACACCACUGUUAGCUAUGUCAUACUCAUGGCUCUAUCAAAAUUAAUGAAAAAUAUGUACCGUAUGAUGAACUUAGCAAAUGGAUGUGUGUGUCAGUAGACAGCAAAGCUGCAGGGAAUUUCUCCCCAUCCCCACCCUCUUGUGUUUCCUUCUUGUACUCACACUUGCUCUCAGUUCACUUGUUGUUUGACAUGUUCCUUCAAAAAAUAGUGAAUGGCUGAACAACGCCAUGAACAAUCUAAUCUCUUCCAAGUUGAGUGCCACGGCCUGAUCUUUUCUUUGAGAUUAAAAAUAGCAAACUUACGUUCUGUAAAAGUGAAAACUCAACCAAAGUAUACAAAGUUUGGGGAUUAUACUAACACAGCAUGGAGGUACUGAAGUCCUAGGAUGUAUAUGAGUGGGAAUGGCAGAUGCAACUAUAACAAGUACAUGUAUCCACCACAAUGGUCACUUGAUCUGUGUGCAGGCCCCAGUGGUGGGAGAGAUAAACAUUUUUCCACUUAUUUUGUUCCACUCAACCUAUGGAAACUUGUCGGUCAAAAAUUAGAUAAUAUAGAACAUUUGUCAACCUUAUUAACACAGCCACAUAUUGUAUUUUUUUGGUUACAGAAAGCAGGAUCACCAAUAUCAGGUAAGGCACUUUUUCAACAUAAUCAGGCAGGUGCUACAGACUAUGUGUAUUAUCUUUCCUGCGUGUACAUCAGGGAUGUCACUAAGAUUUUGAGUUGCCAGGUAAAUACAACAAGUAGGCAUGGAAUCAAACAGCUGGAGAUUUUUUUAAAUUCUAUUUUCCUUCCAUUUUUUUUGCGGUGUUAGGCCAAUUCUAUGCUGAAAUCAUUGCCUAGUACUUUUACCCGUACAGAAUGCUCUUACAUGUACAUAAGAAGAUACCAAACAAAUUUCAGUUUGAAAUAAUUUUAGCAGGCAUUAAAACUUGGAAAAGUUAGCCCAACAUUUUCAAGCUUCAAUCCAUGUGCAUCCUUGUCAUCCAUUGCAAUAGACAACAGGAAACAGUUUCAAUGUCUAAAUAAUAAUAUAUUCUUAAAUAACAAAAGUUUACCAUUAUUUUUGGAAUUCAAUUGUUGUGAAAACAGUUUAAGCUUUUUGAAAAGACGGCAAAUACCAUGGCACUGCUCCCAUAAUGACAGCCCUGAUGAUGGUUGCAGAGAAUACAGAUUACUGACAACUGACAAUGACUUUUUUCUAAAAGCAUUUUUAAUGUUUGGAUUUUAAAGGUCCUAGUCCCACAACCACCUUCUCAGUUCCUGAUUGCCGCAGUAUGGUGAAGACGCUUGUAUGUGGUGUCAAGACGAUCACUUGGGGUGCUGGUUCAUGCAAGCUGUCAGGAAGUGCAUGUAAGUUACAUAAUUUUAAGUUAAACUGUACUUUCUAAGCAAAGUUGAUGAACCAAGCAAAAAUUGUGAAGUGGUGAGUGCAACCUGCUCAUGUGAAAGUGCUGCUAAGGAUCUUUCAUUUGAAAUAGUGGUUACACCAUAAGAUUCAGUUUUCAUCCACAGGCUUGUAAUAAACAGUACCUUCACAGUGCUGUUCAGAAGCUUUGAGUUUAAUGGUCACACUAGAGAAAUUCAUCUAUACCCUUAAAAAUAAGAAAAACUUACAGCAUAAUAAAUGAUAUUUAUUUUGUGGUAAGUUUUAUCACAGUCCUGAUAGUCCUGCUAAAUGGCUUUUACUUAAAGGGGCUAUGUCACCCAACACGCAUGCGCAAGCCAAUGAAAACAAACUUGAAAAAGACGGCCCAACUUUUUCAAGUUGUGUCGGAGAUUUUGGAAGGCUGUUUUUAUCUGUCUAAAUCUCAGCCAUCGUUCGAUAGUUAGCGAAGUUUUGUAUUAAGAAUCGUUCUAUGGUGAUUACAGAACAAUUUUUUGGCGUUAUUUUAAAAUUGUUUGCCUGUGGAAUGUUUUUACGUGGAUUUACUGUGUCCUCUUAUCAGCGGCCGUUGUAAUGGCAGAGUUAAUGACGGCUACUCGACAAUAAGUGAUGGAAUCUUUGAUGGAAUCUUCCCUAUAGUUCACAGGACCUUUCUAUUGAGUUAUUUUAGAGGCUGCUGGCUCUUGGAUUUUUCUUGUGCUCAAAGUAUGUGGACAUAUAAUGAAGCGGCUAUCGAGUUGGCGGCGGCCGUUUUUUGUAAACGAUUACAAGAGCAUCAGGCCAUGAGUUUCGUGACGAAACUAAACUCCUACAGUUUCAUGUUUAAUUCAAUAACUAAUGAGUUUUAUACCACAUGUGCCUCGUUUUGUGUUUUUCUUUUAAUACAGUAAUAUUUUUAUCAAAUGAUUCUGGGAAAAUUUAUUCUUAAUAUUUGUUUUUUGUUCUGCAGCUGGUGAUAUCAAUGCCCCUGCUCCAUCUCAAACAAAUAAAACAUUCCUUCCAUGGGAAACACAUCUUUUCACAAGGCUCCUAAAAUAUGGUGAGAGUUGUCAAGUUUUUUUAUAUUUACAGACUAAGGUCUAUUUUGUGUCACUGUAGGCUCUCAAAUUUGUAAAAAAAGUUAAGGCUCAGGGGCCAUUAAGGAGCUAGUGUGGAGUAAUUUUAAAUUUGGGUCCCAAAUGAUUUAAAACAAGUUUUUAGUUGUUUACUUACAACUUUUAUCAUUAGCUUUUAGCACUGAACCAGAUUUUUACGAGCUGGAAAAUAUUGUUGUUUGUUUAUCAGUGUGUGCUUAUGGUUUUGCCCUUGUUUUAUCAAUUUUUGAAUGAUUCAGCGUUACAAGCCCUGGACAUUUAUCAAGUAUCUGUGAAUCCUCAAACAGGACAGUACUACCUCAGACCUCCUAGGUAUGGGUAACAAGAUUGGAUUUUUUUUGCUGUUUUUCCUGUUAUUAUUAUUUUUAGUCUUGUGAAGCUUUUUUGCUGUUUAUUUACUAUUUAUGUUUGUGCCAAUUAUUUUUCCAACCACUAGUGAACAUAAAUCAAGGGGGUAUCUCAUAGCACUGCCCAAGGAAAAAAAAGUCGGAAUGCCAAAACACACUGACUUUCCGCAUUCUUCUUGUUUCACAAAAUCUUUGUUGUUCAGAUUGACUAAUUGAGUCAAAUUUUCAAGGCAGUUUUUUAAGAUUAAUAAUUAAAAUGAAAUUUAUUUAUAUCUUAACAAGUGAAUUCAAGAAGAUUAAAAUUAAUGGUAAAUGAAAAUGACGCUAACGUCAUAUUUCACAUUUAACUGUUUUGUUUUUUGUUUUAUCAGCUCUCAACAAGUACGAAUGAAAGAAGAAAAAGAAAUCUUGGAACAUUUUGCAGGAGUUGUGAGUGUUUUUUUCCUUGUGAUUGCUUAAAUUCAUUGUUUGCUUUCAGUCAGUGUAAGAUCAAUAGUCCGUAGUCUGUAUUUUACACUGCCUUUUUUGCUAUUAUGUGUGCAUGUCUAGGCUAUGCCAAUAACCUGUUCUGUUUACUUGUUUUUUUUUUAAUUUAUUAGUUUACCAUGAUGAAUACAUCCACAUUUAAGGAAGUCUUUACAGCCAGUAUCAAGGUACUGUACUUAAGGUGGCUGAACUUCUGCCAGUUUUGCGGGCGGUCAGCGGCAACUCGCAUGACGGCGAGUGUUUUAAAUUAGACAAACAAACAUGGUGGUGAAAAAUCAAUGAUACACAGGUGACGAUUUCUCAAAAUCUACUCAUUAAAAUUUUGAGAUAUUUGGCCGAGGUUUUGCUUUUAUCAUAUUUUAAAUAAUGAAAACUUUAAAAUGGUAGUUGAACAGACGAAUUUUGUGGCGCAUUUAAUAAUUACAGUACAAUUAUAUUAUUGAUUAUCUAAAAACCCGUCUGUUAAAAUUUGGUCAAAUAAGUUUCAAAUGGUAAUGAUUACUUAUAAUAAGCCGUGUGCAAGUUUAUAGGAAAAUCUAAUGAGCAAGUUUUAAGUAGACUCAGCAAAAGUGAAAUUUUAAGGUUGUAUUCAGUCGUUCAUGUUGCCAUGGAAAGUGCAAAAAAGUCAAAUUCUACCUGUCAAUCAAAAUCUUUCAUCAGUUUAUUUUUCACUUGCCAAGUUUCAGCUUGUGAGCUGCAACCUUUUUCUUGCCAUAAUUUGGCAAAUGACAUAUACUCACAAGCUGCCUAAACUGUGUUCAGCCACCUUAAACAAUACUAUUGGUCUUAGUGUGACAAUAAUGAUAAUUUAUUAAUAUUUGUGGGUUUAAUAUUAUGUGUCACAUAUUCAUCAGACUAACAUUUCUUUUUUUUCUUAGUAUUUAGUGGAAAGAAUUCACACAAACUAUGCACUUCAGGUGAGAGACAGUCAAUGAUUUUUUUCAAAAUACCUUAAAAUUCCAAAAAAAAGGCCUGGGGCUUAUAUUUUUCAAAAGCCCUUUUUGAGGGGCUUAUUUUUGGAGGAGCUUAUAUUCGGAGGGGCUUAUCUAUGGAGGGAAAUUUGUGUUUCAAAAUUGAUUGGGCAAGCCUCAUAGUUGGAAGUAAAUUUAUCGUUUUUGCUUUGUUUUACUUUGUAUUUGAGGGCAAUUUUCCGAGUACCAGCCCCCGGGGGGCUUAUAUUUGGAGGAGCGAUUUAAUGGAGGGUUUUUUUGCAUUACUGGUUUGGGGGGCUUAUAUUUGGAGGGGCUUAUACAUGGAGGGGCUUAUUUUCGGAAUUUUACGAUAGCUUAUAAUAAAUAUUUAUCUGAACCAAGCUUUUUCAGUGAUAAGCUCUCAGUUUUGAGUAACAUGAUCCAGAAAAUGCAUUAACAGAAUGGGUUUACUUGUAUUUAAUUAGUCGACCCUUAGUUUAAAAGUUAACCAUGAAUAAUAAUUUAUAUUGAGCUUCUGGGCAAAAAACUGUCAAUCAAUUAUUAGUAUUAGUUAAUAUUAUUAGAAAAUGGGGCUACGCCUUUAUUAUAAGUAAAUCCAAGUAUUAACAGUAUAAUAAUUAUAAUUGUAACAUUUUCAAUAUACAAUUACUGUACUGAAAUUUGAUUUCUUUACAGAUUAUCCCCAACUCAUUUCUUGCAAACCCAAACACAUCAGCAACAUUUGCUACAAUCCUUGUGCGAUUUCUGCUAGACAGACUCGAUGAAAUGGGAAGUGAGUAGCAGUUAUUUUUAUGUUCUAGAAAAUCCAAGAAUGUUUGGAGUAAAACCAAGAAAUGAAUUUUGGAGAUGUCAUUUUUGGGGCUGUGUAGAAAAUUUCCCCUUUUUGUUAGCCACAAUCUGUGUCAACAUUAAGUGAGACACUUUGCUCUUAUGGGGCCUUUCUGAUGUUUUGCCAACUCAAAAAGGGGAAACUAAAGCUUUCUCUCCACCCUCCCUCGUGCAAUGUUGUGUCUCUGUUUGAGCUACUUGUAGAAAACAACUAACACCCAACUUUGAGUGGAGGGGAGGGGAGAGGGGUGUGGAUUGUUUUGCUUUCAGAAGUUGCCCCAUUUGAAGACAGUUUCUCAACGAUUUUGUUGCCAAUUGUAGCACUGACAUAAUAAUAAGCUUCAAAUGUAGGGCUAGCAAUAUUUUAAAAAUGACCUGUAGAACUUAACGUUCAAGAAAGUUGAUGUCUAUUAAUCCUUCCCAACUUCCCAAAUGAUUUCCUGUUAAGGAUUAGUAUAGGUAAUAGCAUGAUUUGUAGUGAUAUUUGGCAUAAAUACCACGGGUUAUAUUUCAAAAUUGUUAUUCGAAAUUUCCUGAGCCGUUAGGUGAGUGAAAUUUGAGACAAUUUUGAAAUAUCACAAGUGGUAUUUAUGCCAAAUAUCACGUACAAAUCAUGCUAUUAUUUGUUUAUACUACUACCCACAAAAGGUUUGUAAUUUUCACGUGUAGGUAUUUCAAAUCAAGCUGAAAUAUCACUGCUCUAAGCCAAUCAAAUUGCAGAAAUUUCUCAUGUAGUAGUAUAAACUAUAAAAUCAUUUCGUAUUUGAAUGCCAACUUCUAUUAGUAACUAAAUGCUUGUAUUUUAGUGUAAUAAAAUUAUAAUUAUAUGUUUUUCACUUUUAGCUAAUAUGGAGCGGUCCAACCUCUACCUCAAACUGUUCAAGCUUGUGUUUGGAUCAGUAUCUCUUUUUGCCUCUGAAAAUGAACAAAUGCUGAAGGUAAUUUUUUUGAUCAGAAAAAGGAGUUCUCAUUAAUGUUUUAUAAAAAACAUUCAUUGUAUUUGAAUUCUGGCCUAGGAACAGUUUAUGUCUAACAGCAUACAAUCGUGUAACUAAUAAAUUAAUUUGUCUUGUUCUAGUUUGUCUCUUAAGGGCUGUUUACAUAGAGGGAGGAAGAUCCUAGAGGGAGGAUCAUUCUAGCGCCAUAAUGUUUUCUGUAUUCAGUUUACAUGCAAAGGGUUGUACUUGUCCCUAGCACUAGGAUCUUCCUAGUACUAGGAUCUUCCUAGCUGAGAGGUAGGAAGAUCCUAGCGCCAUGUAAACUGCUUUUGCUAGGAAGAUCCUAGUACUAGGGACAAACGCGACAAAAUGUUGGCGGGUCGUUCAGUGCCUAAUUAUGGCAUAAAGGACCAACCAUUUCAUUUGGAGUAAUCUACGAGCAGAUUAUUGUGUUAAUUCAGCUGAAAGGUAGUGAUUUACACCAGUAAAGAGAGCAGAAGGACCCAAAUUACAUUUUUGAUUUUGUCGUCUGCCAUUUUUAAUCCCUUCUCUAACCUUCUCUACUUGGACAACUCACGGGCUGAAAUUUCUGCAUGUAAACCCAACGUAAAGUUAUUCCACCUUCUAGGAUCUUCCUGGUACUAGGAUCUUCCUCCCUCCUUGUAAACAGCCCCUUGGUUGGCAUUGACAGCUGAUUUUUUUUACUUGCAGCCUCAUUUACAUGAGAUUGUAAAUCGUUCCAUGGAGCUUGCCUGUACAUCCAAGGAGCCAUACAAUUAUUUCUUACUGUUGAGAGCACUUUUUAGAUCCAUUGGUGGAGGUAAUUUUUCUGAAAUGUUCCAUAGAAUCUAUACAUAUAAUUAUGCCUCACCUCUCUGCAGUAAUCUGUUUUUCCCUUUAUCUUCACUCUGUUGUGUAUGAUGAGAUCUUCAAACUUUAGCUCUAAGAUUAUAAAUUUGUGUCUUUUACUUUGCAAUACCAAAUAGAACAUGCAACUUCUCUCUUUUCUAAAAUGGCGCUUUAAAUAUAUUGGUAGGAUAAUGUUUGAAUAAAAAUUGUAUGGGAUAGUUGUACCAUUUCUGGUCUGAUAAUUUGCUGGUGUUCCUUAACUAGUUUUACUGCGUCAAUAACAGUUCUUCAUCACAAAGAAACUAUAGUAUUAUUAAAGAGAAGCAUUGAACAAAGAUGAAAUUAUUUUUUUCUCAUUAAUUUUCAGGAAGUCAUGAUCUUUUGUAUCAAGAGUUUUUGCCUCUCCUACCCAACUUGCUACAGGGUUAGUGUUUCAUUUCAUCUAGGUACUAUGUAGCUAUGGUAGAAGUCUAAUAAUCACGUCAUUUAUAGGAUGAGGAUGAGGUUGAGGCAUUAGUGUCAUGCCAGACUGCUUAAGGUGCAGUUUACAAGUAAUGAAGGAAUGAGUAAUGAUGCCCCCAUACAUGAGUGUGAAAGUGAGAUAGACCACUACACUGGGCACUACGUGCCCUGCUCUUUACGAAGAGUGUGUGGGUUCUUUAACGUCCCACAGAUAUUUUUAUCACAUGUGCAAGGGCUUGUGAGACGGGGCCCACGGUUCAUUGUCCUUAUCCGAGAAGACUAGAAAGUCAAACCGUUAGCAGAUGUUAUUACAAAGGCAGCACUUUCUCUUCAGUUAUUUAAAGACCCUGAGUGCUGGUCCGGCCGGGGUUUGAACCCACGACCUCCCGCUCGGUAGACCGACGCUUAUCCUUUUGAGCUAACUGGGCGGCGACUAGUCUACCACUUGUGCAUUAAACACAGCUGUUUAAAUUUGGCCUUUGAUUUACAUUGUCAAGUAUAUAAUAGCAUCAUAACAUGGGAAAAUUUUGAAAUUACCUUUUAUUAAAUGAAUGAACCCUUCUUAACUUUUGCUUACCAAUAAUUGCUUGCCUUUUUGUUUCUAAGGACUGAACAACCUUCAGAGUGGUAUCCAUCGUCAGUACAUGAAAGACUUGUUUGUUGAGUUGUGCCUCACAGUGCCUGUCAGGCUGAGGUAAGAUGGGAGCUCAGAUAAUGAGAUGAAAAGCAGCCACAAUGCCAACCAUCACACAUCAGCCUUGUGUGUAAAGAACAUAGUGUGCAUAUUGCAUUCUUUCUUACGUUUUUCAAGAGCUAAAGAUGUAACGAUUCAUCAAUAGUAACACAAAAAAAAUUGUCUUAUGGGAGCCCGAGAAAAUGAAUGUCACGUUUCCCAAAAUUUCUUAUUACAAAUGAAAUUUUCAGAAUUUUACCUGAGUAAUCACCAUUCUUGUGAAAUUUGACAUUUAUUUUCUCGGACUUUCAUGACAAAUUUUCUUUGGUGUUACUACAGAUGAUUUAUCACAUCUUUAGCCCUUGAAAAACGUAAAAAAGAAUAAAAUGUUGUUUAAAUAUUAUUAUUCUGGUACAAGGCUUUUGUCCACUGAAAAUUAAAAUUACUCAAUUUCCUAACGGAUUCCGUCUUAAUUCAUGUUUCCUAUUUAAGUUAUGUUGAAACCUAUAAACACAAGCACGUAAAUGAGAUCCAGGUUGUAGCAAGAUUCCUUUUUUGUCAAAAAUGCUGAGUUGUAUGGAGUGUACUGGUAAGUAAUAGAUCAUUAAAUGUAGAACGGGCCAGCUCAAGAUUCCCAUUGAAAGCUGCUGUUUUAUUCCUUUUCAGCUCUUUGUUGCCAUACUUGCCUAUGCUGAUGGAUCCACUUGUUUCUGCUUUAAAUGGAUCCCAAACACUUGUCAGUCAGGUAUUAAAAACUUUCUUGUUACCUGGGUCAGGGCUGUCAAUAAGAUUUUAAGUUGUUGGGUAUUAAACAAUUAUUUCUCAAGCCCGAAUGGGCUAUUGACUCAAGGCCAUGAGGGCUAGAGGAAUAAUUGUUUUUGUAAAAUCCAACUAGUUGGUCAAACCUAUCGAGACCAAACAACUUCAGCUAGUUAAAGCUAGACUUUAAUCCUUUUUUUGCUGCCAAAAAUGUGGCUCUUUUCGCUACUAGUGGACUAUAACAUAUAGCCUAGUAGUAGCUCAACCAAUCAGAAUGUAGCACUGAUAAUAGACCACUAGUUGGAUUUUACCAAAUGCAAUUACUAGGCGAUGAAUCAAACAGCUUUGAAGUUCUGUGGCCUAUUUUCCUUUUGUUUCCUAUGAAGGUGGCCUGGAGUUAUGUUGAUAUUAGCUGGGUGAAAUCCUUCUCUCUCGGCCCUUUGGGACACUAUGUUAAGUUCAGCUGGCAAACAAUAUGAUUGACUCUUCCUUUUUAACAUUGUAUGAUAACCAGGGCUUACGGACACUGGAGCUGUGUGUUGACAAUCUUCAACCUGACUUCCUGUAUGACCACAUUCAACCAGUGAGAGCAGAACUUUUCCAGGUAAGUUGACUUUGAAGAUAAUAAUGCUCUUUCGCGCUGUUUAGUGAGGAUACUUAAGCUUAACUUUCGCUUUGAAAGUUCAAGCAUUAGGAGAAGAAAAGUCCUUUUUAAUAGUUCCCCUGUGUAAAAUUCCGACAAGGACAAAGAAAAACGUCUAGUUUAAAAAAGUCUAAAUCCCCCAACACGAAUUCCUCCUCAAUAUGCAGAAUGAUAGGUUUUGACAUUUAUCACGUUGAAAAACACAAGCACAAAAAAGAAUAAAAAUUGACCCUUGUUCUUGUGCAUGUUAACAUCAAGGCCAGUUUUUAGGGUGAUAAGGACUUUCUUAUGCUUGUGCUUGUGCUUUUGGGGCUAAUGAAAACCGGACUUGAACAAAACUUUAUUAAAUGCCGUUAAUGUCUUAACAUUUUUGCCACCAAAUGUUAUGUUUUCAGGCACUUUGGAAAACUCUUCGCAAUCCACAUGAUAGUAUUGCUCAUGUGGCUUUCAGGGUUUUGGGCAAAUUUGGUGGCGGUAACAGGAGAAUGCUCAAAGAGCCACAGAAGGUUGGUCCUGGGCAUAGUUUGGCCCAUAAAUCAGUUUCAGGUCCAAGAAUUAGAAGUGGAAACUGCAUUUUAUUUUAACUUUCUGCUUAAAAUUAUCCUUUCCUCUGGAGUGAAGUGCUCAUAAUUUCCAGCUCAGAAAAAAUCGUUUAGAUUUGAGCUUAAGGGCGUUCAAAUUUCCCAACAGCACCACAGUUUUCUAGGUUUAAUACAGCAAGUAAUGAGAUAGUUUAUAUAACGUGUUGUCAUGCCCUUCUUUGCAUAACCUACGCAGUGUGAAUGCCUUACUUUGUAUUAAAAGAAAGUGUUUUUGCUUCUUAGCUAAGGUAUAACAGUGCUGAAACAUCAGGACCAUGCCUGUCAAUAUUUUAUCCAGAAAGCACCAAUCCUGUUUCACUUCCUGUUACUAUGGUAAGGCGAGUGUAAUCUUUAAAUGUAAGAAAGCUAAAAGACAGUGCUAGAGCUGACUUUUUUCGUUUUACAGUGUUGUACAGUCAACUCUCUUUAAGACAGACGCCUUUGGAACCGGGAGCAAGUGUCCGUCUUAGAGUAGCAUGCGAGCGAGCAAGCUCUCCUAUUUGGGCAAGCGAAGCGAGCCUCGCAAGAACGCGCCAGCGAGGGGCCGUUCUGCACCUCGCGGCUUCGCCGGUCGCUCGCGCGUUCUUGCGAGACUCGUUUCACUCGCCCAAACAGAAGAGCUUGCUCGCAGGCUAGUCUUAGAGAGAUAUCCGUCGUAUAGAGAGUCAACUAAACAAGUAAAGAAAGGCUGGGACAAACUCUGGGGUUCCGUUUUACAGAGUUGUUCUGUUUGACUUAAGGAGGUGUCCGUAAGGAGAGAGUCGACUGUACAUGUGACUCGUACCUAACAGUCAAAGAAGGUCGUCAAGAGUCAAAACCGUUGAAAGAGAAAGGAAGAAUUCUCAGGUUUGCAAACAGAGCCAUAAAUGUUUAAAGGCAAUGAUGGAUAUUGUCUGUUGCAGGUUAUUGACAAAGCAUUGACAGUGCUGAAAACACUUCCACCAAAUAUGACAGUUAUUCCUCAGCAGUCUCCAAUGCAAAUAGACCACACUGUGUUUUACCGAGAACAGGCCUGGCUGGUUGUGCAGGUAAUGAUUAUAGAGACGUUAAGAUUGGAUUACCUUCACGAGAUUGGGUUUACAGCACUCUGAUUCCUUAAACCCUUAGUUUUCAUUAACCUGUUCCAAGCAAUCAGAUUAUGGAGACAGUAGCCUGGUUACAGACGUCACCUGCUUCAAAUAGGAGAUGUGUGCAUGCUGUCUAGGGGAUGGUGCAAAGGGAUGUGAGCAGAAAACUCUGCGAGGGGUGUGGUAGGGUUUGAGUUUUCUUCUCUCUUCUUCAGUUCUUCCUCUCUUCCACGCAGGCUACCAUAUGAGGAAUUGAAAACAAGGUUUUGAUUGUUUUGAACAGUUGAAACAGCUUUUAAAUACUGGUAUACGUAAUGUGAACAAUUUUGCAUGUAACGGAACAUGCCAAAAUCGUUUUAAGAUAUCCUUAAGUCGUGAGAGUUGGAACAUUACAUUUUUUUCUCCUACAGUCAUUUUUGAUCGCCAUGAUGUCACUGGAAGACACUGAAUCAAUUUUACAUCAAGUUUUGUCACACAGAAGGUAUUUCUUUCAUCAUUUCCACUUCAUAUGAUUAGCUUGCAAAUGUCGUUGCUGGCAUAUUUUUUACAGUAUUGUAAUCAAGCCUUUUAAAAUAUAUGAACAAUUUGUUGCCCUCUUGCUUUUCCUCAGCUUUAGAACAGAAAAUCCUCCUACUGUAAACAAGACAGCUGUUCCACCGUGUAUUGAUGAGCUAUCCAAGAAGGUGUUUGAACAAGCCAUCACAGGGGUUUUGUGUAAGUAUCUUAAGGGUCUUGGAACAAUACCGAGCUUUUGAUGCCUUUUAUCACAAAAUAAUAAGUAAAUAAAAUCAGGUUAGAUUCAGUGUCCGAGCAAAAUGUAUGAACCCUCAUUUUAUGAAGAAUCUGUUGAGUUUGAACCUUCAUAACUCUGUCUUUCACUACGAAACAAUAAAAGGUUGUAAACUUUGUGUAAACUGUUCUUUACAAUUCUUAACACAUUGGCAAAACUCAGCAUUAAAUAGUGUUGUCUUAUUCGUGUAUAUUUCGUAUUGUAUUGGUACAAGAUGGUGAUACAUAAGUGUUUUUCUUGUCAUCGUCCAUAAGGACAAAAGACAUUCAUGGUGAUGAGGUCUUAAAUAAGAUGCACAUCUUGGUUAUUUUAGCUCUUCCUAUCAUUGCAGCACGUGUGGUUAAGUACUGUUACUUUACAGCCUAGUGGCUUCUGCUUCGAAUAAUGAGUGAAUUUUUUUUGUCUUUGCGGAGUACAAAAGAUACCAUAGGUGUCGACUUUUUACAUAGAAUGUACGUGUUGUUUCUUCUACUCCUCCUGUUAUUACAGUUCAUUGGUGUUCCUCACAGAGGUUUCACCGGACAUUUUGAGGCAAUCAUGGUUCUUGUUUUUUUUGCCAAAUAAAAACACAGUUCAUUGUAUCAUUUGAUGUGAAAUGAAACCUGUAUCUCAAUGUAUAUUUUCUGUACACAAAUUAUGAAUAUCUCAAAAUGAUCACAUCAGUCAGGGUUAUUAACCCAGCUUAACUCUUACAUUGAAACUGUAUUUAUUUUGUUUUUCAUAUUGAUAGUGUCUGGUACUAUAAAGGAGCUGAAGGCAGCAGCAGUACCAUUUGUUUCACACCUUGUGCGACACUUCACCAUCGUGGGCGUGGUGCAACAAGCUGGGCCCUGUCCAAUAAAACCACAGGCUAGGUGACUCAUAGCAAAUAGCGCUCGAAACUUUAGCUUCUCUAUCUCCCUAUGGUGGCCAAACUACCUUAAAUAUAAAACCAGAUAAAACCAAAUCUUUGUAUUUCUGUUCCCCACCGACGUAACACCACAGUUUGUUUAGAAACUAAUCUGUUCAUUCAUCUCGCUUUGGAGCACCUGUUAAGGAAAACGCUGCUUUUCGUUACUCAGUUCUUACAUGGAAGACGAGUUUGCCUCUGUUAGCUAUGUGUUGGUGUGUCUCAUUUCAGCAUUUUAACGGAAAUCUAUCUUUGAAUUCAUGUUACACCAAGGUACAGCUAACUUGGUGCUUAAACUGUCGAUGGAUUAAAUACUGGUUUCCAGCUUAAUACCUUGGGUUAGUUUGCCACUUGUUUUCCAUGCAGUGGCCGAAAUAUGCUUUUAAUUAAUUUUAGCAUUUAAGAAUAAAAUAGGGUAGAGAACACACUUUACAACGUGGUCACCCAUCCAAUUCCUAACCCACCCUUCAGGGCUUAACGUGAGUUGUGCUAUGCACACUGAGUUUUGUGAGCAUUUGUAAGACAUAUUCCUGUUUGUAUGUUAUUCAGUGUAUCGUUUAAUUGUUCUUUAAUCACUUAGGAACCGUAGAGGAAUGGAUAUUCAUGUCAUGGUAGAUGCAAUAGCAGCCGUGAUGGCCAUGGAGGACAAAGAAUUCUACAAAGUUGGUGAACUCGCAGUGGCUGUUAUGAUUGAAACUGCAUCUGCCAUAACCGGAGAUGGUUACAAGGUAAUAAGCCUUUCCAUGAAAUGAGGGUUGAUGCCGAUCGGUCCUUGCCUCAAUGGUGCACAUGGCUCAAAAUAAUUUUGUGGGAGCUCUGCUGUAAUGUUGACUUGAAAAAGUUGACAGCAACAAUGUCUUGUCACUGAUUUCUCUAUUAGUUGCGUGGUUGCAACGUACAUGUUACAUAAAUUUAUACCACGAUCACAAUUCAAUGAAAGUGAUUGACGUAAAAAAAGCAAAAAAGCUGUUGAAAGCACAAAGCGUCCAGUGCAAGCUAGGAUUUGUUCUAGCUAAAUUUGUUUAUUGGAGCCUUGACAAUGUAUGCAGUUUUAUAGAAUGGGUUCAACUAACUUCAUAUUCAACAAUUCGAGGUAGUUAUAACAAGAAAUUGCUUUUGUUAAUUGAACUUAAUUGUGUCUUAAAAGAAAUGGAACAUGAAAAGUGAUUUGUGACUGUACUCGUAAUUUAUUUCUUUUUUAUUCUUUAAGGCUGCACGUCUGCCUUUGUUUGAGUACCUGUCAGAAAAACUCUGCGGAUGUUGUUACGAGAGGGCUUGGUUUGCCAAAAAUGGCGGGUAAGAUUUAUGCUAUAGUCCGCCAAAAACAGUUUAAAUGUGGUUUUCGUUUGUCUCAGAUACAUUACACUAAUUCGAGAGAUUAAGUGCUGAUGUCUUUUGUAUAUAUUUUCUUAAGGUCAACAGUCGUGUUUAGUUUUAUGAAGUAAUGCUGGUGUUUUAUUUUUCAGAUGUACUGCCAUCAAUUUCUUGAUGAAGAGAAUGCCACUUCAGUGGGUUAUUGAACAUCAACUUAGCUUUAUCAAUGCCUUGUGCUUUGUCAUGAUGGAUCUUACUAAUGAGGUGAGCAAAGAAGCCGAGGUUGGCAGGCCAGCAUUUCAGAGAAAGAACCUCCUCACAGCUUAUGGCUUGAUUUCGUUUAGUCAGAUUAUACCUGUAGUUGCGUGAAAACAUUCCAUGCACGGUGCAACUCAUAGCUCAUAGCGUGGACCUGUCAAUGAAUUACCAACAGUCACUGUUCUAAAUGCCAAGGACCCUAUAGUUUGAAGAGGAAACGAGAACAUGAUAAUUUUUUUUUUUUUUCAUUAAAAGAGGUGUCUCGUUAAAUUAGAGUGACCUUAAUUUAUGUUCAACAGCCUUUUUCUCCUCUGUUUAAAGUAUUUCUUGUCACCCAAUGUGAAUUCUCUCGUCAGUAGUGCAAAUAAAAACUGCAGGAGGUAUUGUGUAGGAGCACCUCAUAAUGUAGUAAAGUUGUUGCUAGAAAGUUCAUAUUCUACACUUGUGUCUGACAUUGCUGUUUGUCUCCCUCAUCAUUUUGGAAUCAACUGUGUGUGUUCUUUCAUGUAUCUUGAGUACAAAAUUGGGUUGCUAAAUUAUUGCAAGGAGCUGUCAUAGGACUCUUAAGUUUACUGCAGUGUGAAAAGGCAUUUUAUUUGGUUAACGUUAUGUUUCGCUGUAGGUAUCCGCUGGUACAGUUGAUAGUGCAAAACGGACUUUAGAAGCCCUUCUGAGGCAGUGCAAUGAGCCACAGACCGGCGAGGUAGGCAACAUUGACGUGGAUUCAAACGUUAUGCAGGUCCUUGUUAAUGAUAUAUGAAAUAAAUCAUAUAUGAACUGCGGAAAUGAAACGAAAAUGAAGAAAUGAUCGUAGCAGUGAACGCAAUUUAUGCAAUUGCGUAAAGAAGCCGGAAAAAAAUUCAGGACUUCAACGGGGUUUGAACCCGUGACCUCGCGAUUUACCGGUGCGAUGCCCUACCAACUGAGCUAUGAAGCCACUGACGUUGGGAGCAGGUCGAUUGUGGGUUCAUAUCUUCCCGUGAAAGAAAUAUGUGUUAAUGAUAUAUGAAAUAAAUCAUAUAUGAACUACGGGAAUAAAAUGAAAAUGAAGAAAUGAUCGUAGCAGUGAACGCAAUUUAUGCAAUUGCGUAAAGAAGCCUGAAAAAAAAAAUUUCAGGACUUCAACGGAGUUUGAACCCGUUUACCGGUGCGAUGCUCUACCAACUCAGCUAUGAAGCGAUGUCCUUGUCCUUCAUGUCCUUGUAAUUCAGUCUCUAUGUGAAGUGGUUAAAAGGAGGACAGAAAUCACUCCCGUCUUGCAGAGCAUUUCUCCACUUAUUCUAGCCAUCAAUUUUUUAACAUGCCUUUUCUUAUGGAUUUCUGCAAAAGGUGCUCUUAUUGCUAUCCUAUUCCUCAAUAACAAUAGUUUAUGAUUACUGCAUUUAUUCCAGGAAUCUCACAUCAAGGCAGUGAGAGAAAGGGCUCUUCCAACAGUGACACAGCACCUUGUCAGAGAAAUUGUUUCGCCAAACCAGACUAUAAGGCAACAGGUACAAAAUCCAAUAAGGUUAUUAUAUUUCAAGAGCAGGCAAACGUUUUUUUCACUUGAGCAAACCAGCUUUAAAUCCUAGUGCCACUUUGUGGAGAAGAAUGAAGAUGCAAAAAGAGAUAAUUUCGAUACCCAUGACAUUCCGUGUUUUGGCGAUGAGCCCUUAUUUCUAACGUAAAUUUUGCAAAUAACUUUUUGAAACAUUGUGCCCAUUCCGGGCUGGAAAUCCAGCGAGAGACUACCACCCUCACUCUUACUGUUUGCGAGUGAACUGGUAUUCGUUUCAGCAUGUCUCUGAUUGCUCUCUCUUUUUGACUCUGUUUGUAACGUAGUAGUCUUUAAUUUAAACUAAAUACUCGUCAGGAAGUUUCAUAACCUGCUUUUCUUUCAUAUUAUUGAAUGGUAAACUAUUCAUUUUUCAUUGUUCUGAGCUAUUUAUUACUCUGAUCCUUGACAGACGGGCUUAGUUUUUUUGACUUAAAAACUAAAUUAGGUAUGGAAAAACUUUUUUAAAGUCCUGUCUCUGUUUUUCACAGGCCCAACGCUCCGUAUCUGUGCUGGCCGAGAUUUAUGGUAGAUCCGUUCACAGCAUCAUGCUUCCUCACAAAACGGUAAGUUGUUUGAGAAGUAAAUGAGGUUAAAUAAAUAUUUAUUUAACACAGUUAACAACAAGGAGCGCGGGCGUGGUCAGCGGUCGGUCGUUUGGCUCAAGCGCGGUCAGCCUUGCUUGCAUCACCUCCAUGUGCUCAGUGUUUUCGUGGCGGCAAUUCUCUUCGUUUAGCCUUUGGAUCAUUCUUUUACCCCCAUCCCUCCCCCCUUAAUUCUUCCACUGUUAAAUCAGUGUGACAGGUGCCUGGUUUAUUGGCGUGGGGGCUCAUGGCUGGAGGGCGCGGGUUUGCCAGCCAUGGGGGCGUAACUCUGUCUUGGGGCUGGCUGUGCCAAAGGUGGAAACCCUUGGACAUCCCGGGCACCCAUCUCCACUCAGCGAUGCAGUUGUUAAACUAAGUUAUAAUGUCCUUUCACCUUUAAACGAUUUGCUGACGUUCCCUUUUUUUGGUUUGUUUGUCUCUCUUAUUUACUCCCGAAAGAUCAUUUGCAAUAUUCGUGCUUUGUAUGUAUAGUAAAAGUUUACAGAAAGUUUUCGUGUAUUUGAGCUUCAAUGUUGAAAGGUGAACUAGGUCCUUGGUGAUUACUUAGUUUUGGGUACUUUUCCUUAUUACUUCCUAAUUCAGUCAAAAAACGGAAGGAACUUUUAACUUUUAUUUUGAUUUUGUUUGUUUUCAUCGAUUCUCAUAACGAAAUAGUAGGUUUCCUGUACUUCGUUUUUUGGGUUCGUAUAAGCAAUGUUGUUAACUUGAGAUUAUUUUUUGUAGAUUUUAGAGGACAUGAUUCCACCAAAGGUAUGUCUUACAAGGAUGGUCACUUGUAUAAAGUGUAUUGAAAAUCAACUAGAAAUUCUUAUUGAGGCAAUAUUUUCGUUUCAAAUUUACUAAUCAAGGAUUUUUUCUUAGAAACAUUUACUCCGGCACCAACCCGUCAACACGCAGAUUGCAUUAAUGGUAUGUUUUGCAACUUCAAACUGGUACUAGUUAUGCUUUAGAAAUCUGGAAUAUGACCAAUUUUCUGUACGGUUAAUACUUGAACCGUUGUUGGAAAGUCAUGUCAGAUUUUUUGCCAUGGUAUUAUUUUCCCUUUCUCAGGAUGGUAACACGUUUUGCACAACGUUGACACCUCGGUUGUUUACAAUGGAUCUGACGAUCAUGGAACACAAGGUUUUCUUCCAUGAGGUAUUUGUUGGAUUGCAUUAAUUUAGCGUCCUAAAUUAUAAAACAACAAUUAAGUAUUUGAAAAUGAAGAAAUGAUCGUCGCAGUGAACGCAAUUUAUGCAAUUUCUUAAAGAAGUCUGAAAAAUAAUAAUAAUAAUAAAAUUCAGGACUUCAAGUAUUUGCUAGGCUUGACUGUUACGAAUGAGAAUUUUGUUAAUCUGCGUCUUUAUAUAUUUUAGUUACUUUCCUUAUGUGAGGCAGAUGACUCUCAACUUCUCAAGCUACCAUGCUAUAAAACAGUUCAGUCUCUGACACCUCUACGGAAAAGCGCACUGAGUAAGUAAUCAGAGUGAUUAUUCUUAAAAACUGAACAGUGAUUUUGUUACAGAUAGUUGUGGUGAGUCGUGGGACUCAUCGUGUGGAAAACCAUGAGUCCCACACUUUCCCAGUCCAGACCCACUGAGUCCCAGUUCAAAACGAGUUCAAAAUUGAAAAUGCUAGGGCCUUUAUGUAACCAGACAGUUAAUCUGAAGACAGAGUCCAAAAAUCUGUGUUACAGUAUACUGAAAUUAAAAUAUAGUCCUUCCAUUUUAAAGCACAAGAAAGCCUAAAUGAAAUAUGCAUCGUUAAACAACAGCCAUAAUAACUGCCACAGUAAUUACACGAACAGAAUGUUUCUUCAAAAACACAUGUUUAGAUCUAUCGAUCGGCGUUUGCUUCUUACGGGAAGCAUGCCAUAAAUUAUUUUGCGUCUUUGGGGAUUUAGUUGGGACAGGGACGCAGUACGCAGAGGUAACAAAAUCACUGAACUUUCUACCGCCAUUGCUGGUUUGGUAGAAGGCCACAGAAUUGACAGGGAGGAUCUGUCAAACGCGAUGUCGGAUCGGAAUGUAUGGAAUAAGAUUGCUCAGAGUAUCCCGACCGAAAGGGCCGAAUAAUGAUGAUGAUGAUUAUGAUGAUGAUAAGGCCACAGAAAUCUAACCCUGAAAAUCUAUACAACAAUAUUAGUGUCAAGAAAUGACUGAGCUGUUGAAGUCGCCAUCAAAAAGUGGCGUCGACAAAGGAGGCGGUAGCAAUAAGCUCCUUUUCUGUUUAUUUACUCGUAUUGUCAAUUCCACUACAUUCCCACAAAAUUCGUAGGUCAUUCAAUGUAGUGUGGUUUGUUUUGUGUUUUUUGGUUGUAUACAAAGAAUGAACAUAUCUCUCCAAUCAGUUUCGAUAUCGAGGGAAACUAAUUUCCUGUGCGUAUUAUUAUGUAGAUGCCUUGACAGCGUGCCAUUACAUUACGCAAGUAAAGGACAAGAUUUUCAAUGUCUUGUACAAGGUACAUUGAACUUUUUCAGUUUAGCAUCAAUUGUUCGACUUCUGUGGGUAAAAAAAAACCUGUAAGUACUGACUAAAAUUCUUUUGUGCAGGCUUUGAAUUCCCCUACAACUGAAAUACAAGAAGCCGCAAAAAACUGUAUGAAAAAGGUAAUCACAAGACAUUUUCUUUUAGCUGUUUCUUCAAACUGUUGUCGUUGUCCCCUGUUCAGUUGAGUAAAUUAUGUUUUAAACUUGAUUAACCCAACGUUCUUCUAGCGUUUAGUUGGGAGUAAGGGUUGCAGAGUGUUGAGAGCACUCGCCUCUCGCCAGUGUCCUCCUGGUUUGAAUCCCGGUGUCGACGCCGUAUGUGGGUUGAGUUUGAUGUUGGUUCUGUCCCUUGCUUUUGUUUUGCCCUCUCCUCAAGAACCAAAACAUUAACAAAUUCCAGUUCGACCAGGAAUCAGGUAGACGAAGAACCACUAUGUGGAUGUGCUAUCUCUACAUCGUUAUUUAUUUAUUUAUAUAUCUCCUGCUUGGGUAUUACAUCGGUGAGUUCACUUUUGAGGGAGUAAACUAGUCAAUCAAUCAGUCAGUGAGUUAAUCAUUUUAUCUGGUCAAUCGUCUAUCCACCCACUCAUGCAUUAAGGUAAUAGGUUCAGUUAUCCUACGCUUUGGCAGCAUCAGGUGAAUUACUGCGUAAUUGAUUUGUCAAACAAUUAGACCGGUCAGAGUUUCCAACUAUUAGCAACUCGCCAUUUUGUAACUCUCGAGCUAGUUAUUUCUUGAUUAUUGUACCACUCUUGCCCAUGUAUCCCUGUAGCACUUAAAAAGUAUUUUCCUUCUAUUUCUAAUGCAGAUCUAAUACAGAGUAAUUUUACGUACUCUUCUGUCCUCAGAAUGAUCCCAUUGUGCCUGUACAGUGACAUCGUUAUUUAAUAGCAAAUCAAACUAUCGGACAGUGAGACAUGUACCCCCAUCUCUUAACACUUUCGUUUUAAAGAAGCGCCAAAUUAAGUAUAUGCUGGCACUAACUUGCAUGCUGACCUCGUCCCACUUUCCACUUUUCAUUUUAGUUUAUGGCUGGGUCUCAAGUAGAUAUGGAGCAAGUCCAUAUGAGUAUCAGACCACUGUUACUCAAGUUAGGUGACUACAGGAGCCUUAAUCUGCAGCUCAUACAGGUGAGUAGUAAUGCUAGUCUCCUUCGCAACGGCUCGGGCAGGAGUCACGCAGUGCUGGCCCCGCCCUCAGGAGACAAUAGUAACGCCUACGCGAUAAUAGUAUCUUGCCUAAGGUUUUACUAGUGACAUUUAGCCUUGUUUGCGCUAUCUUAGGGGACUAGACGCGACAUUUAAAUGAGGUUAAAUAAAUAUUUAUUUAACAGAGUUAACAACAAGGAGCGCGAGCGUGGUCAGCGGUCGGUCAUUUGGCUCAAGCGCGGUCAGCCUUGCUUGCAUUACCUCCAUGUGCUCAGUACAGUGUUUUCGUGGCAGCCAUUCUCUUCGUUUAGCCUUUGGAUCAUUCUUUUACCCCCAUCCCUCCGCCCUUAAUUCUUCCACUGUUAAUCAGUGUGACAAGUGCCUGGUUCCAUUGGCGUGGGGGCUCAUGGCUGGAGGGCGCGGGUUUGCCAGCCAUGGGGGCGUAACUCUGUCUAGGGGCUGGCCGUGCCAUAGGUGGAAGCCCCUGGACAUCCCGGGCACCCACCUCCACUCAGCGACGCAGUUGUUAAAGCAAUUUUUGAACACUUACGAGCUGGUCAUUGAAUUGACUGAAAUACACAACAACCACUUACAACUACAGAGGAGCACAAAAACUUAGAAGAACGGUACAUGAAUGGCCAAAACUGGAGAAAAUUGGAACGUUUCAUGCUUGUCUCAAUUUCUGUGAAAAUUCGAUAAGUAAUGAUAAGGAAUCAUCUAUGUUUGUUUUGAUGUGACAGUUUAAGCCUUCUAUUUACCGAGCUGAUGAAGAUUUGCUCAGGGAUGGCUCAGUUAGUAGGGCGCUGGGUUACAGAGCGGACGUUCUCGGGUCCGAUCACCAUAGACAAACCAACACUGAGGGUCUUCGUAAGUAGGUGGAAUAUGAUCGUCCUCGUGAUCGUAAUCCUGAGUAGACUGUUGUUGACAGUGACUGACAUUACGACAACCUAUGCGGUAGUCAUCUUCAGAGACAAAGUGAGUCAUAUCACGUUGAUAUACUACACUCACCCGGAUGGUCAUAUUCCUCCUACUUAUGAAAUGACUCCUGCGUGCAAACCAUUCACUGUUUUACUGAAGGUCUUACAAAACACUUAGAAAAUAAGUACUGGCUUUGCUCUGCAAGCGAUUUGGCCUUCAAGUGGCUCGGAUGACCACGUAGAAAAAAAAUGAAAUGGUAGUUGCAUCUCCAUCAGGGGACGUAAAACAGUUUCCGUAAUCCCAACUUUGUGCGUAAGAUACCAACUCGUACAAAAGUUGGUUUUUAACUAGAUAGGGCUUUAUUUGGUAUAUUGCACCAGCAAAAUUUUCUCCUCCUGUUUCCUCUUGCAGAGGUUAUCACAUUUGAUGGAGCUUUUUCCUGGCAGCUUCAAUGAGAAACUCUGUGAACAGCUCUUGGUAAGUUGUAUACCUGUGAGGCCCUAUAGCGGGUUUUUCCAUAUCCCAUAUCCCUUUAAUUUGUAUCCUUAAUAUCUGGUAUCCCGUUUAUUUUUAAUGCUUUGUAUCCCUGUAAUGUCAAAAUACUCACGUCAUUUCGAGGACAGAAAAAGCUUUUUUCUCGUACUAGAAUGUCUACGGGCCCAAUGAAAACAAAAAUGCAAACAAGCUCAGUUGUGGGUCUUUUUGUUGGUACAAUGACUGAAUUUGCAAAGGAAGGUUGUCAAAGAACAGAAAAUGCUGUAAUAGAUACUUACCUAUUACACAACAAACCCUCUUCAUUUAUCCGCAGUGUUUAAUUACUAAGACAAAUAGUUAAAACUACAUGUAGUCAGUUGUUACCUGAAGUGUAGGGAAUUACUACACAUUGUCUGAGUUUUCUGGAGUCGAUCCUUGCUUGGUAAUCGCAUGCAGUCAUUGCAGUUGAGCUGAUUUAAGAUUAUAAGUGUAUUAAACUUUGUCGGAAAAUUAUCAACGUAUAUUUAUCCUUACAGAUGUUGUGUAUGUGUGCUGCUGUGCAUAGGAGACACAAAGAGUCAACGCAGAACACAGCUAAUGCUUUUUUUGUACUUUUCCAGGCACAUCUGAAGAAGUGGAUAGAAGUGAUAACUACUGGUUCCACUCAAUCACAGCAAGUUGCAGCGAAGACCAGCCACUCUCCUGAAGAUGUAAGUCAAUUUGCCGGAAGAGAAAUAAAAAAUUAUAGAGUCCGUUGCCCAUCCAUGAAUCCGCUCCUCAAGUGAAUGAUCGAGUCUGCAAUUUUUUCUAUCUUUUGAGUCUGGAAAAAAAAUUCGCAGAUAUUACCAUUCAAAUGAAACUCCUUUAGCGGUACUUUCACGUGGUACUAUUUGUUUUUCAGCAUUUUGCAAAAUGACAGAAAAUUUUUUUUUCUUCGUCUCUUUUUAGGGGCAAAAGGAUUUAACAAAAUGAGUUUAGACAUUUAUGUUAUUGGCAGGUUCAAGAUAUUGGUGCUUCCAAAAACGAUAUUUUUAUUUUGGUUUAGUCAAAUUGGCUUAGUCCAAACUAACUUCAUAAAUGUAGCUCAUCGUUCUUAGUGACUGGACCAGCACCUAAGCUCUUCCUUGUCUCCUUGUUUCUUUGAUCCUCACUUGCCAUGAAAUGUCCCAUUUAAUCUUGAAAAGGAUCAGGGACACACACGUUCUUGUGGUCCACGUUUUAUGGAUUGUGCGACAAACCCUUUACGGGUUGUGGGAUUGUGUAGGGAUUGCAUCUCGCAUGGGACCUGAGUCCCGUUCGUGCACGUUCCCUACAGGCCUCUGUUCAGAAAAGCUGGUACGUGAAAAAAAUUACGUACCCACAGUAAUCGACAAAAGCUGUAGUUGUGUCCUUUCAAUACUUGGCGGAUGUUAUAAAUUAUUAUUGCAAGCGUUAUUGUUGAUUAUUGUGUUGUUUUCUUUCUCUAACCAGGUUGCGCAAGAACUAAAAAUCUGCGCAUCUAUAAUCAACAUGUUUUACCUGAUUCCGGCGGCUUCUUCAAAGUUAAUUGAGCCUCUCAUCAAUUUGGUGUUGAAAGUGGAGAAGUCACUCUUGAUGGAAGUAAGUGAUGGACAAGAUUGAUACGUGCUAAAAAAGCGAUCAAGUCACCCCCGUAGCAACAGAACUUUUCCUGAUAAAGAAGAUUUUAUUACCCUCGCUUUGAUAAAACCAUUGGCAACCAAAAGGACGAUGGAAAGGUGGAAAAAGAUCAGACAUCACAUUCCAAAUAACGUUUGAUUUUACCACUCGUGUAUCUUAUAUUUUUAUGACUGAUUUUCAGGUUGGAAGUCCCCUACGAGAACCACUGUUGAAGUUCCUGAUUCGAUAUCCCACUCAGACUGUGGAUUUCUUCUUAUUACAACUUUCUGGUUCUCAGAUGAACCGUUUGCUCAUGGUAAGUACGCGGUAAUCCGAGGACUUAUUUAUUAUUUUUUACGUUUCGUACGCAAAACAAGAAGAGUGUUUAAGGAACGUUUUGUGUGAGAAUUGGUACAUUAUAGAUCGUUUCCAUUUGAGGUCAGGCAGCCAUAUUGGUGUUUGUAAACAAUAAGACUGCGUUCAUGUUGGUGUCCCACUUUGUUUUGCCCCCGGAAAUCUGCGUUUCUGCCAGCCGCGUGAGUAAAAACGCUCUGUAGACAGCAUUAUAAAGGUGUACAAAAACCUAAUGGUUCUUUUUAACGUUAAUAAUAUUUUAUUCCAGUAUGUCCUCAGCCAGGAAAGCUCCAAACCUUUGAGACAAACCUUGGAAGCACACUCGUUGAAACUGGUCAACAGUACGUUCAGCAUACCGCAGGUAAGAUAGCUCGCCUUUGUUGAAAUUAUGCGCAAAAUAAAACAGUUGGGGCAAACAAAGAUUCCAAUAUUUUGUAUGGAAGAGAGAAUCCUUGAUAAUCAUGAGCUAAUGGCCUCUUCUGACUAUUUGGUUGCCUCUCGUGGUGUUUAACCCCUUCACUGCCUGAGUGUUUGAUGGAGUUUUGUAAGGUGACUCUAGCUUUUGAGUCUGUGGACAGAAUCCUAUGAUGUGACCAUUCAAGUAAAAGCUCUCUACCUGUGCUUUCACAUGAUGCUAUUUGUUUCUCACAAUUUUGGAAAAUCAAAUUUUAGAAAUUGGAUCGAAACUUGCCUUUGGCCAUAUUUGACAGUGAAAGGGUUAAUCUAUGGCUUAUAAUUUUUUGUGUUAAUUGACAUCAGCCUCCUGAGGAUCAAGUUCAAGCGGUUCAGAAAAAGAUGGAGCUACAGAACCAGGGGAUCAAGAUUAUCAGGUAGAACUAAUCCUUUUCAAUUUUUCUAUAUUCAUUCCUCCUACCAAACUUUUACUUGCCUAUUUGUCAGUCCAACUACUUGCCCACACAUUCAACAGCUUGUUUGAGGAAGAAGUAGCAAUGCUUCUGUCAUGAAUGGUAGGAUAUUGGGCGUUGACAAAUAGGGGUAUGGCAGAAAAAAGGAUUAGUGAUGUCAUCAAAGGGACAAGAUGUCACAAGUGUUAGGCUAUUUCUGUCUAUUGCGAGAAGUACUCUCUGGAUAUAUAACUGGACAUGAAACCCACCUUUUUUAAUUACAGGUUGUUGGUGAAGUUCAAUGAUUCCUGGCUUCCAGAACAUCCUGUGUUGGUAAGAAUUAUUUGAGAAACAGGCAGAGAUUACAUCAUUGAAAAAAUAUUACGUGGAUACUUUUUAUUGAGUCAUGUAAUUUCAUUGUGUUUGUAUGUUGGAAAUCAUAGAUUGGUCACUUAAGACGAAUUUGGGUGUCGAACAACUUUCAAGAGAGAUUGAAAAAGGUACAUUUGCAGCAGAAUAUUUUGUAAAAAUGUUCAUAUAUAUUCUUAAGGUGUUGGUAAUAUAAUCAGGGCAGGACUAGCUCACUUGGUAGAGUGCUUGACUGCAGAGUAGGAGGUCGCGGGGUUGAUCUCCGGGACUGGGGCCCGUUUCUCGUCCAAUAACUUCUCGGGUCCGAAGGCAAAUUUUGAAUUCAAAACCAGCUGAAUAGCAGCAAAGUUCCCAAGCUCACAAACCAGUCAAUUUUGCUUCGUUAACUGAUAAUUUCAUUGUAUCAUUUUCAAAAUUGUUGAAACCUUGAUCUAAAAUGGAAACACGGCAAACAUAAGACAGCUUUUUGGGCCCGAAAGGUUAUCGGUACGUUCGAAAAACUGGUCCCUGGACCAAUACUCUAGAUCUUAAAAUAACUGAGAAAUGAAGGUACUGCCUUUGCCCUGCAAAUGGCUCGAGCUUUAAGUGGCACAGACGACCUCGUAAAAUGGUGUCGUCAAUAAUGUAGUAGUUUUCUUUAGUUCCAAAUACAUUGACACCCAAAUGAAGUACGACAUUCUGGUCUAUUUUAGGAUGGGACUCCGAUUCAUCGUUGGAGAGAACCCAAACUCCUUGCCAAGUGUUUGCUGAACUACAUCAAGUAAGUUAUCAAUGCCGUGUUCAAAUGAUCGUUUUUAAUCUCCAUUUGGUUGUAACAUUUUUGGGUCUUAAGGGCUCAACAAAAUUUUGUUCUUACUAUUUCUUUAAUCUUCAUUCUAGGCACCGUCCAUCUGAGGUGGAAUUACUGUUCCAGUUGCUACGUGUGUUUACUAUCCGUCAUGUGCCUGACUUCCAUUUUUUGAGGACAUUUCUGGAUGAGAAAGUUGCCAAAGUAAGCCUAAUUUAGAUCACUCGGACCAUGAUGCAUCGAAGGAAAUGAUGAAUCCUUUCCCAGGGUGAAUUCAUCAGUGCCUUGGAUUCAUCAUGAUCCGAUUUAUUGCCAUCAAUAGUAGUGUGUAUUUAAUUAACCAGUGUAGUAUAGUGUGUACUGAAUUAACCAAAGUAGUAUAGUGUGUAUUGAAUUAACCAAAAUAGUAUAGCGUGUAUUGAAUUAUCCCAAGUAGUAUAGUGUGUACCAAAUUUACCAGAGUUGUAUAGUGUGUACUAAACUAACCAAAGUAGUAUAGUGUGUACUAAAUUUAUCAAAGUUGUAUAGUGUGUAUUGAAUUAACCAAAGUAGUAUAGUGUGUACUGAAUUAACCAAAGUAGUAUACAGUAUAUUGAAUUAACCAAACUAGUAUAGUGUGUAUUGAAUUAACCAGAGUAGUAUAGUGUGUACUAAAUUAACCAAAGUAGUAUAGUGUGUACUGAAUUAACCAAAGUAGUAUAGUGUGUACUGGAUUAUCCAAAGUAGUAUAGUGUGUACUGGAUUAACCAAAGUAGUAUAGUGUGUACUGAAUUAAGCAAAGUAGUAUAGUGUACACGUACUGGGUUAACCAAAGUAGUAUAGUGUGUACUGGAUUAACCAAAGUAGUGUAGUGUGUACUGGAUUAACCAAAGUAAUUAACCAAAUAAGAGAAACAAGAUAUGAUAAGUGAUGUUUUGUUAUUUAUGGUUUAACAAUUAAGUGUCUUCAUUGUCUUUCUAUUCUUAGGGCUACUCCGUAGAGCAGAAGAGGGCUGUUUUCUUCAAAUUUGUGGCACUGUUUCACGAUCAGAACUUCCCUCAAGAGCUCAAAGCUAAGGUACACUUGACCAUGUGCUUGGAAUGUGGAACUUGAAGAAUUACAUAUGAAUGACAAAAUUACAGCUUUUAGUCAACAAAAUAUAUCUUCCAAGCAUUAUUUCAAAAGUUACAAAGAACAAAAAGGUACUUUUGGGCUAACAAGUUUUCAAAACCGCAAUUGAAAUCCGUUUCAGUCUUAUUCAAGUUUGUCCAUCCUCGUUUUGUAUUUGUUGUGUCAUUUAUACCUUUGAGCGGUUAUUUUAAUGUUUCACUCAAUUUGAUGCCAGUAUGCUCUGUCUGAUUUUGAUAAAUAACGUGACACAGCGCCUUUGAACCGUUGCAGUUCUGUCACUUUCUUGCUCUCUUCUCUUUAGGCCCUGCAAUAUGUGUUGAUACCCAUGUUUCAAGUGUCCUUUGAACGUGGCGAGGGUGAUGCCUUGAUUGGUGGAUCGCCGAGUCCUGAACAGGACAGCAACGAGAACGUCAUCAGUGUGUUUAUCCGCAAGGUUGUUGACCCAGAUAACCCAUUUGGAACGUCUGUAAGUACAAUAAACGUAUUGGAAUCAAUUGGGGAUUCUGCGUAACUGACCACUCACCCCUCCCCUAACUCAACGUUAACUCUUACUUAUCACUUAGGGCAACAUUGUGACUAAGGGGAGGGGUAGGUGGGCAGUUAAUCAGAAACCCCACAUGAUUCCACGUAUUUUCCAUUUCAGAAACUUCAUGGGGAAUGGUACAAGUUGUGACAAAGAGUCUCUCUUUUAUAGUAAAGAGUUUGAAAUAAAUAAGGUUGUUGUUGGUACAAGCUUUCGGAGUAACGAUUUUUGGGAUCUCUUGGAUGGACAAGCGUUACUUAUGAUUGGUUGCCUUGAAUACCAUCACCCAAUCAUAGCUGCGCCUAAGCUUGUGGCCAAUUCUUCCCAGGGAUUUUGAAGUGGGGAAUUCUAUUUCCGGCAGAUUUAUACGUGUAGAUCUCGUUACAGCGAGAAAGUGAGCUUCGUUCUAAUAAGUAAUUUCUAAAUACGUGAUCAGCAUUGUUGAGAAGGUACUAUUGUCUACUUAUUUCAAAAACGCGCAUGUCGAUAAGUAAACGGGAAUGGUCCCAGACUUCAUGUAUUCAACAAUACAACCUUUCUGAAUACCUGCAAAUACGUCGGCUUGCUCAUUUAUAAUUACGUUCACUGUAAAUAGGCGAAUAGCACGGGGAAACGUAAAACAAGGUUUUGGUGGUAAAUUUAUAUGGUAAAGGUUGUGACGUUUUAUUGUGAGUACAAACCGCCAGUUAUCAGCAUGGAAAUAGGAUGUAUUAAUUGUAAUUUUUUUGCAGGAUGCUGUUCGCAUUCUGCUGUUACAGUUUUCAGCUUUACUUGUGGAACAUGCCUCCCAGCAUAUUCAUGAUGCUUCAAACAAGUAAGCAAUUGCAAUAACAUAUCAUAGGACCUUCAUUAUCAUGGCAGUUUAGUGCUGUACUAAGUACUACAUUGUACAAAAUACUUAGAUAUACCUACCCGCUGCAAAUGGCAUACAUGCUAUUCGAGGUGAAAACAAGAGAGCUAUUAUGUGAAAGUAAACCAAGCUAACCUUAAGCUGAUGAAGAAUUAGAGAGGACCCCUGGAAGUGUAGGUUUCGGGUGGGGGGACCUGGACACGUGGAAUUCAGGUGGAAUUAAGACCUUUGUGCACAGCUACAAACCUUUAAAAUAUUUAAAUCGAAAUUUAAAAGCAAAGAAUAACAAAAAUGUGAAAAUCGCCUUCUCCAUCCCUCCCCUAAGCCUGUUUUUUGGCCAUCAGAGCAAAGACUGGCUUAUGAAGGGUUAGAAUUUUAGGAAAAGAAACUUUGACUUUUUUCCGACACCCGAGUAUUUUAACAUAAACAAAUAGCAAAACGAUUUGAGGCAAUUUGAGAUUUUUUGUUGUAACCAGCCUUUCUUCUUCUGUCACAGAAAACAAGGACAAAAGUUGCGUCGUCUUAUGACAUUUGCUUGGCCUUGUCUGUUACCUAAGCAAUGUGUGGUAAGUCCAGCCCUUGGAAUUUCUAGUUUGUUAUGAUAAAUUUGGUACAAUUGGCCUUCUGGAAGUUACGCGUAAGACUGGCUCGAACGGAACUAUGGGACUAAAAAGGUCUAUUGAACCUAUGACCUUCUUGCAAGACUCAAAUAUUUGACUCAUUUUAGAGAAUAAACCAAGUCGACCGCGGCUACUCUCAUUGGCAAAUUCUUUUUGUCUGUUUGCCCCCUCUGGAAACCACGUGACUUAAUCGUUGUGAAUAAGGUCUAUUUCCUGUGCGAUAGCUUCUCCGAAAAAGUCCCUAACUGCAAUUCGACAAAGUACCGACCCAGUCUAUCACUCGACCUCUUAAUGGCUAGUAUUUGUUUGUAUCGCAAAAGAAAAAGGUUGGGGGAAAUGAAAUGGAUGCAUAUAUUAUAACAAAGUUAAGUGGUCCCGUAAGUUAACUGGCAUGUUUCUCUGUAAGGCAGACCCGUAUGAGAGUGCUUAGUAUGUUCUAACCUUUCAUGCAACACCCGCUAGUGUACCCAUAAUGAAUUCGCAAGUAUCUUACAUUCAAGUUGAAAUUUAUGCAACCGGUUCCCGGAUCCUAAAUAAUCAUUUUACUCCUAGAAAUUAUGUGUUAUUUUAUUGUCAUUUUCCUCUAAAAAAAUUUCCAGAUUUAAACUUUUAAAAAAUUUCCAAAUUUAACUCAACUAAUACAGGUCUCGUCAUUCCAUUAACCAUAUUUUUAACUUAAAUCGGUCAUCGAAGAAUAAACUUACUGUUAAUCCUUCUAGGACCCAUCUACCAAGUACCAUGGGCAUUUGUUGCUGGCCCACAUCAUCGCUAAGUUUGCUAUCCACAAGAGAAUCGUUAUGCAGGUAAACUAACAUUCAUGUGAUGUAUUAUUGUUGGUAUUGUUGAAAGAAUUCUGGUGCAGUGAAACUUUGAGGUACUCACAAAUGAUGUUCGGGAAAAUGAAAGAGCGAAUUUGCGAAUAGACCUUUUUGCGGAUAAGGCGACCAUAUUGAAUUAAUUCGAUUUAAGGAGUAUUAUAGGAUGCCCAGGGGGCAAGAGCACAUUUCGUGUGUAUUUUCGAGCGCUUUUCAGGACAUUUUUUCUUAAAGUUUUCUUAGAAUAAGAUUGUAAUGGGUAAAAAGAUCCUUGUGCUGUGUUUAAUAUUAGAAAUAUGAUAUUUCACUGUAUAUUUCUCGGGAAAAAGGCGAUCAUUUUUACAUCCAAACACGGCACAAGGAUCUUUUUUCCCAUCACAAUCUUAUUCUAAGAAAACUGUAAGAAAAAAUGUCCCGAAAAGCGCUCGAAAAUACAAACGAAAUAUGCUCUUGCCCCCUGGGCAUCCUAUAAUACUCCUUAAAUCGAAUUGAUUCAAUAUGGCCGCCGUGUCGGUAAAAAGGUCUAUUGACGUUGGUACUAAAUAUUAGUAAAAUGAACCAGCGUCGUUGACUCAGUGACAAUUCGCGUGCUUGUAGGUUUUCCACAGCUUGCUCAAAGCGCAUGCAGUCGAGGCUCGUGGAGUCGUCAGGCAGGCACUGGAUAUCCUGACACCAGCAAUGCCAGCCAGGAUGGAAGAUGAAAAUGUAAGUUGGGAAAAUAAUAUCUGAUUCAAAGUAGGUUGGACUGUUUGAAAGCUAUACUAAGUGUACCGAAUAGCGUGCUGUAAGUCAGUUUCAAACCGACAGAGUUGUGUCUCAUUCAGCGUCCAUUUGAGAGUCCUGGGUGUUAAUGUCAAUCAGAGGAUUUUCAUUCUGAGCCUGAGAACAAUGCGCCAACAUUUUUUUCUUACAGUUGUUUGUAGCUCUUACUUUGCGUACUUAGAAGGUUUUAGUAAAAUGUGAUUUGCAAACCGACGAAGGGCACUUUUUCCAGAUAUUAGUCCGUCUGAAAAAUCCUUGAGCUGAUUGAGGGGUUUUCCAUUUUUCUUAUAAGAGAAUUGGGAACCGACUGUUUUUCUUGGUCUGGCAAGUGUGAAGGAAGUAGGGAAGAUCCUGCUGAAUAGUAAAUAUUUUGUUUCUUUUCAGACCAAGCUGACUCACUGGACGAAGAAAAUAAUUGUUGAAGAAGGACACACCGUUGCACAGCUUGUGCACAUGCUGUAUGUUAUAGUUAGAACACUUUUUAUUAGGUAGCGCAUUGGUAAUAUAGUAAACUUAACGAACACGUCUUUAGGACGAACUCCUUCGUAAAAUGGGCAACUAGAAUGGAUCCCUACAGUUCUUCAGUCGCUCUCUUUUGCUCUCCAUAAGACUGACUCUAGUGUUGUUUUCUAAAGUGUUUGUCUUAGAAAGAAUUAACUGUAUAGCAUUCCUGCCUCGCAACUAGUAUUUCAUGAUGACUUUUAGUUUUGCACAUUUUUUUUGUCAGGACGUUGCUAGUGCGGCAUUAUCGAGUGUACUAUCCAGUUAGAAUUCACUUAAUUCAGCACAUGGUCAGUGCCAUGCAAAGACUUGGAUUCACUGCCAAUGUGAGUGACGAAUCUACAGCUCUGGGCCGGGUUGUUCAAAGACUAGAUAACUCUAUCCACCUGACAAAUCUCUAUCCAGCGGAUAAGUAUAAGCGAAACCAAUUGGGUUAUCCCCUGGAUCAAAAUUUAUCCCGUGGAUAGCGUUAUCCGCUUUUUGAACAACUGGGCCCUUAUGUAUUACAGUACAAUCAACAAAAUUAUUUAUUGACUCAUCAUUGUCAUCAUCAUCAUCGUCAUUAUUUUGCAUUGUUUCAAUACAGUGCAAGUUAACAGCCACAUUUAUGUUGGCAAGGAGACCUCAAGAAACCACCAGGCUUAUGACAGAGGCCAUCUCGAAUAUAAAUAUAUUUACAAUUAAAAUAACUGCUGCGGAUUUGACCUGAAGACUCCGAAGAUUACCGAAGGUGACCCGAAGUGUAGUGAAGGUAGAACAGGUUGACGACUCCUCACUCUUGAUAUUGUAGAAGCUUGUGUGAGCCAAAGUACUGUCGAGACCUGGCUGUGUCAUGUGUGCCUUGUUUGGUACGAACCAUACCAACAUAAUGCAGUGACAACUUGACAGGAUGCAUGGUUUGUCUCAGCGACGAAAUUGAGUAAUUAAUUUUUUCUUAAUAGGCGUCUAUUGAACACCGCAAGCUUGCCGUGGAUCUCGCUGAGGUUAUUCUCAAAUGGGAAUUGCAACGAAUCAAGGAUGAUCAAGAACAAACAGCAACCCAAGAGGUAAAAAUUUCCUGUGUGCUCAACUUUGAAAAGUUUACGUAUAGCCUCUAAACAGUUGAACAUGUUACUCUCUUUUGGUUGUGCCUUCUGAAUUUUAAACUGCUAUUCUGCGUGAAAAUUCAAACGAAAAACGGAAGGGAAUUUGUCACAUAGAAAUUAAUAUUUUUUAUUGUAUUUUGUAGCAGUCUGAGUCUUCGACAUCAGCAGCAUUGAAGGUAAAUUUGCAGAGAGAGAAACAAGUCUUUGUAUUUCGCCGAGAGCAACUCAAGCUUCUUUCGUGCUCUUCAAACUUUCCAAGUGCAUCCAUAACUCGAUAUACGCACGCUAAACAGGAAACAAUUCUUAAUUUCAAAUCUUAGGCUAAACAGGGUCUUGUUUAGAGGUGGCCCUACUGGCAAAUAAUAGCCUAACAGGUUCUUAGUCGGGGGUCUUUUCUCUAUUAGAUGGCUUGACAGCAGUUUUCUUAAAUUGUUGUAUUUGUUUUAGGUUGGAGGCGUUAAGAGGCCAUCGGAGGACUCUGCCACUCCAGAAGCGAAAAGGACAAGGUCUUUGUCCCAGGUAUGUGUAAUGCGUGUAUUCUACAGUCUCUUCAUUUAUCCAUCGCUCCAUCUCAUUGUCCAUCGUUUCGUCAGUUGGUCUGUUACCUGAGCCGUGGUUCUUGUUUUACCGUCCAUCAUAACCCUUUUUUCCUCAAUGCUAACUCUCAGCGUCUGUCCAUCCCCUGUCGUUCUGCCAAACUCUCAAUUAUUUCCAAGUAAUGAAUCGAUCAGCAUAAUAAAUCGUUCAAUUAUUGAGUCAGUCAGUUUGUCAGACAGACCGCUGGUGAGUUGACUGGUGAGUUGCGGUUACCCGUUUGCAGUUCGACGUUCAAAAAUAAUUCGAUUUAGAUUGGCGGUGGAUUAAAUUACGGCCGCCAUUUUGAAUCAGCAGCCAUGAAUGGCACUUGUUUUCAAGAUCCCAUAGGAUUUAUAAAAUUUAGCAUUUCGCCCGAAUUUGUGCCUCUGUUAAUGAAUGAAGAGUUGCUCCACAAGAUUUUUGUAUCAUUACGUUGGAUGAAACAAGAAUUAUACGCUAAAAGCUUUGAGGUAAAUGACAUACGUGAAAACCUACCUUCCCACGUUGAAAACGCACGUCGUAAACCUUACCCUUGGUACCAGGGGUUUUUCUCGCGUGCAGCGGGAAUUUUCGGUGUUGGCCGAAGGCCGACACAUCUUCGCCGAAGCCACGAGCGGCGAAGCGGGUCACUAUAAAGACUUGACAGAAACCGGAAACCGCGCUAGAAAAGUCUGUGGCACCCAGGGUAUGUAAACCUCAAACGUGACGCGAAAGACUUGUCACGUGACCUCCAACGGUUAGAGGUUCGCGGGAAACUCGGAUCUAAAACUCUCUAAUAACGCUUAUUCUGUUACGUUUUGCUUCUAAAGCGAAUAAAGAAUCAUUGUGCGUCACCUGUGUGCUCUGUUGCUUUGCAGGGCACUGUCUCUCGAGUAUCAGUCCAAGAAGGCCAGGCCAAAUCACCGCUUGAGAAACACCAUGCAGAUGCUGUCGUCAACUUUCUUUUGAGGAUCGCUUGUCAGGUAACUGUUGGGGAUAGGGAUGGUACCUUCUGGUCUAAGUUAUAGGGAAAACAGCGGCUGUAACUGUUUCAUGAAAACCGGCAUACUGUGUUGCGUUAUAGGUUAAUGAACCAUCGACAACUAUGGGCUCUCCAGGUGAAACUUUGUCUCGGCGGUGUGUGGCUCUGUUGAAGACUGCGCUGCGACCUGAUGUGUGGCCAGGUGAGCAGAAAAUAUAGGAAGGACUUACGUAAUCAUUUAGCUUGUAGUUAUUACCUCCUGCAACAUGAGCAUAGCUGGUAGAAGAGCAGAAGGUCGCGUUGAUCCCCGUGUCUUAAAAAAAGUUAGCGUACGCAACAGGUCGGCAGAACCUUUUUGUGUGACAAACGUCAGCGGGGUUCUCGCACAGUCUUGAAAAGUCCUUGAAUUUUAGGGGAAGUCCUUGAAAACUCCUUGAAUUCCAUUUUUCUUUGAAAAGUCCUUAAAUUUCUGUGCAAGUCCUUGAAUUUUCGUCAGUUUUGAAUGUAGUGGCCUGGAAAGAGUUUUUUGAUGCUUUUUGGUUGUCCAAGACAGAAUAUAAAUCAUAGCUCAGAGAAUUGAAAGGUUAUUUACAUAAAGUGCUCUAUGUGUUUUGCAAUAAUUAACUUUCAGUUUAAGACAGGUGAACUGGAAAAUGUAGAGAAGUUGGUGAAGCAAACAGUUCAAGCCUUAAAGUCUUAUUAGAAUAGACUGGGAAUAUACAUUUUUGUACAAUCUGUGAAAUUAUAUUCCUAGUGGUCCUUGGAAAAUCUAAUGUGGUCCUUGAAAAAUCCUUGAAAAAUGGUUGCAAUUUUUUUGUAUGAACCCUGACUCAGGGCUAUUGCGGGUUUUGUUGUGAUCUUUCCUAACAUUAGUAUGUUCUGGUCUUUUACCAAAAAAAAGAUAUGUUUAAAGAAAGGGCCAAGUCUGACGGAAAACGUUUUUUUUUUCGAACAUAAUUAUUGUCACGCAUGUCACAUAACGUUUGCCGUCCUUUUCUACUGUCCUGCUGUAUGUAAGUUCACUGUUAUCUGCACAGACGUACUGCCCCUACCUUGCGAAACAUUAAAUAUUGAUGUGGAUCAGUAAACCGAACAGAAAUGGCGGUUUUUAAUCUCUCUAGUCGGGGACAAAGAAAUAGUGCUCAUGACUAAUGCUGUCUUCUAAAUAUAUUGACAUUUUAAUAACGACUCUUGAAGAAAAAAAAGUUUCACGACAAAAAUGGUGGGUCAUCUUCUUGCUUUUUUAUUUAUUUUUUUUUUUAGGCACUGAUUUGCGUGUUGGAUGGCUGGACAAGAUACUGGUUACAGUUGUAAGCGUUAACUUAUCUUUCCUUGUUUAUGACCCUAGAAUUUCUGUAAAAAAAAUCUUGUAAUUCUGGAACUGACAGUUUUAAAUUAGUGACUGAAGUGAGUGAAUACGCGUUCGCUUUGGUAUUGCAUCCUUACGUUUUAUGAUUGGCUAGACAAUCUUACGCCACUUUCUUGACCAAUCAGAAGUAAACAGUGACUUGCUUGCACUAUGCGUUUUCCCGCGGUUACUGGCGUGUGGUUACUUGAUAAGCUUCGAGAUCUGAUUGGUUCAUUCGAUUUUGUCCACGUCUUGUGAUUGGUUGAACAAACAUCUUUAGCUUUGGCUAUAACGUCAAUCAUUUAGAAAGCUCUUAUGUCAACUUGGUAAGCUAUUUACUAUUAUAUUUGGAAGCAAAUUGAGACGAAUCCUGUCCUGUUAUUGUCUUAUGAGUAGGCCCCAUGGAACUACCUUACCGACUAAGAAUUAACCGAUUUGUUUCAGGAAGAAAGAUAAAGUUAUGUCUCUGAAGUCGCAUAUCAAGUUUUUUUGAGGACGAUAACCUGCGAGCAAACAUUCCAAUUAAUAAUCUCUUGAGGCCAAGGGUCGCGCGGGAGUACGUGCACUUCGCGUGGCGCUAGUUUUUUGCGCUUUACCCUCGAGUUGACUCUCCAGGUUAAGUCGUCUCAAGUUACUGCUCAUAAAGAAAACAAAAAUUAAAGGAGCUUGACAAAUAUUCAGUCACCUUUUCAUCCAAGACAUCGGCAAUAGUUAAGAAAAGUAUUAUUUGCUUAUAAGUUGUGUUUGUUUUCAGGAUCAAACACCAGCAGCCAACUAUGCGAAUGUUUGUACAGCGAUUGAGAUAUUAACUUAUCUACUGUCAGUCCUGGUAAGUAAAAUGUUUUCAAUGUUUGUGAAUGCAGACAAAGUUAAGUGGGAGAGAUGAUGAAACCAAGAAAGUCCCAACUUUACAGCUUCAGAACAGCAGUAGCCUCUAUCUUGGAAGACUUCUUGUUCUAAAAUAUAGAGGGAAUAAUAGUGUUGAUUUUUAGUAGCAUUUUACGUUAUAGUUGUCAUUGUGAUGGAUUCACCGGUAUUUUAGCCUUUCAUUUACUUGUCGAGUGAAAUCAGACAAUUGCCCUAUUUUUUAAGGGUAACGUUUGUUUUUCUAGGAUGUUUGGAGCGUCGCUAAUCACAAGAUUUUUUCGUUUUUCAGCCGCAGCAAACUAUCCUGACGUUGUUUAAGCCGCUUCAACGAGGCAUUGCUACUUGCAUGACCUGCCAAAACACCAAGGUACUAGACUGAAUAAUUCAUGCUUUUCCCACAUGAGUAAACGGUAUUUGCGGCUACACGAGAGCCAUAUUUAUCCCUUUUUGAGCUUAUUUACUCUAGAGGCUAUCAUUGUUUUUGUACAUGGAGAGCCACUCGGUCAUCGCCACCCUGGUAGCAGAGCCCCUCUUUCGCUUGUUCGAAAAAGUCUCUGCAUGAAUCGAGUAAAAUCACUGUUGAGCUUACGCUACAUGUUGCUGGCAGUUUUAAUCCCAGGCUUACAAAUAGCCGCGCUUGGUACAGCCGGCUCAGUUAUGACCAGCGGUCUAUCACUAAACGGAUGCUCGCACUCGAAAAACCAGUUUGAGGAGAGAAAACAAGAUUGACUAGUCCAGAAGUUCAUGCUGCGGUGACUUCAAAGGCUUGACGCGAUUCAGGCAGAAACUCUUGUUUCCCCGCUCAGUCAAGAAACCAAAAGGAGACUCUGCUUGCAGGGUGGGGUGGGUCAUCACUGGUAUUCGUCACCUUUUAAUGUAGUUUCAACUGCCUCCUCCUCCCCUAAGUCAAUAGGGAGCUUUAGCAACGACGACGGCGACGGCAACCAGGAUGUCAAAAACGCAAUAGGUUUAUUACGCAAAACAGCAACUUUGCACGUGCAUCACGCUUUUUUGUACAUUUCUUUACCGUCCUUGCACGACUACGACGUGAAAAUGCCUAAUUGCAAGUUUAAUGGAGGACGUAAACAAGCGACGACGAAUCUCCUUUUCUCUCUAUAAACUUGAGUGCGGUCCUCAAGAAAUCAACUGCAGGGAAAUUCGCCGACACUUGCCAUUUUCAGCAAAUUGGAAUAAACGCGACAAAGAUUGAAAAAACGGGAAUUCAUUUUAAAACUGACGUUUUCGCUGCCGUUGCGGUCGUCGAUGCUAAAGUUCCCUAAUGUUCACUUUAGGGAGGGGUAGGUGGUCAGUUACCCAGAAACCUAAACUGAUCUUUUCAACUAUUUUUACUGAUACAACUUUAAUCUUUGCUGCAGGUCAUUCGUGCAAUCCACACUCUUCUAGCCAGACUUAUGACACUGUUUCCCCUUGAAUCAGGUAUCACUUUGCGAACUAAUUAGCUGUCGUCUUUGUAAGGCGUGGCACCAUCAUGAUAUUAUUUGAUCAGUUUCCGUUGUAGAAACUUCAGUUACUACCUGACUUUUUCUCUUUCUAGCAGCGCCAACAUCAAAGUAUGAAGAACUGGAGACACUGUAUGGAAACAUUGGAAAAGUAAUUUAUGAUGGCCUUACUAACUACGAAAGGUAACCACCAUAUUUGCUGACAAGAAGACAGUGCAUUCUUUAAAAGGAAUAUUUCAAACUUUUUGUAAUCGUAGAACAAAACUAAAAUGUGUCUUUUCAUCACUAGAAUUCCAAAAAUACUGGUCCAAAUUUGUUGUUUGAGACUAUAUUUAUGCAUUGAAACUGUUUCUGUCGUCGGUUGCUACGGAUGGCGAGGGUGACAUGGAGUGAAACUUGAAAAACUGGGCCAAUUUUUUUUUUCAAGUUUUAUUUCUGCGCUUGCAAAAAUCAUCAACAAGUUGUUAUGGUUAGUGCUCCCUGGUAAAAUUUAUUUUAUAUCUCCAAAACUCUACAGGAACGUUAGGGAGCUCAAGCAAAGACGACCGCGACGGCAACGAGGACGGCAAAAAAGCAAUGGGAUUAGACUGGCAAAAGAAAAACUUUGCACGUGCAUCACGCUUUUUUAUACAUUUCUUUGCUGUCGUUGCAUGACUACGAUGUGAAACUGCCUAAUUUGACGUUUUGUGGAGGACGUGAACACAAGACAAUGGCCCUCUUUUUCUUUUUCUGAACUUUAAUACAGUCCUUUAGAAUUCAACUCAAGAAAAAUUCGCCAACAUCUGAUGAAUAGAACGAGAUGGAAUAAGCGCGAUAAAGUUUAAAGCAGCGCGAACACGUCGCCGUCGCCGUCGCCGUCGCUGUUGCUUACUUUGUGUAUGGGGAACGAAGCUAAAACAACAAAAUUCUCGUGAUGUCGUUUUUAGGCUGUUAGUUUUUGUCCUUGUACAUGUAUGAAUUGUAUUCAGUUUUCAUAUGUGUUUUUCGUUGUUUGGUCACUAGAUCAGCUAAUGGGGCAACGUCCAUCUUUUAUGGUCCUCUUAUGAUGCUGAAAGCGGCCUGUUCACACAACCCAUCCUACAUCGACAGGUAGGCUGGCGUCCCUUUUUCUUUUAUUCUGCUACACGGCCGUUUUUAGUGUCGUCACGCAACGCUCCUUAGUGGGGAGGAGCGUUGCGUGACGACACUAAAAACGGCCGAGUAGCAGACUAUUUUUCUUUCUGAGCUUUGGGAGUUGACUUUUCUUUUCUUCUAGAUCGACCUCAAAACCAAAUACAAACUCUGUGAAAUAUUUUUUUGUUAACGCCUUUUUAAUAUAAUUUUGAGCUAUCAAAAUAAUCGCUUUAAAAGCAAAAUGGGCCCAUUGAUGGGCGAAAUCGGCAAAGACUAAAACAGAUUUCACUCGAGAUGACUUAAGAAAUAAUAUCUUACUUCAUUUUCAGUUAUUGCAUAUAAGAGUUUCAAAUUGACGCGGCAAAUUUACACUUGACAGAAUUGCUCCCAAACAAAAAUCAUUUCGACACGUAAUGAUUCAUUCAAUGCAAGUAUAGAUAAACUUGAUAAACGUUGGGCUGUCGUUAUUUUUAUGCCUAGCCUGUUUGAAAUCGUCCCUACGUUUGUCAAGAAUGUUUUAUUCAAGAAACUGAAAGACUAAAACUGUUCUUACAAAGAAUAAGUAAUUAGAUGUUAUGUUGAACUUCAUUGGGUUCAGAAUACGUAACAAAAUAACUCUUCUCCUUGUAGGUUAGUGAGUCCUUUUUUCAAGGCAUUGCAACGAAUGCACAAAGAUCACAUCAAUGCAGUACUUGGAGAAAGCACAGGUAUGGGAAUAUAAAUGUGGUAACUCAUUUUAAUCUUUAAUUUAAUAACUUUUUGUUCAUUAAAAUGGAAAAAUGGUUUUUAGGACAACCAAGUACAAAACCAAAACCAAACCGAACCAGUUAGACUGAACGUGUGCAUGCGUCUUGCAUCUGCCUUAACCCUAAAACCGCAGGAAAAAAAAUAAUAAAGGUUUCUUGACUUUCUUUUCAACAGGCGCUAGCGAAAUGUUGAUCUUAUGCUUGGAGCUGAUCCGCAGUCGGCUGGGAGUAAUGAAUGGGGAGAUGCGAAGACUUUUCUUCGUCAUUCUCUCGACACUGAUCGAAAAGUCGCCUGUAAGUACAGCAGUGCACACUUAUUCCUACAGUGUUUCAAACAAUGUGAAAGUUGGGUCAGCAGGUAAAAUGCUCAAGUGUGUUCAUUCUUAUGGCACAUUACGUUCCUCUGGCACUGCUAUUUCAUGCUGGUUCUGUGGAUGAAAUCCUAAAGUGUGACCAUUUAAAUGAAAGCUACUGAGCAGUACUUUCCUGUGGUACUGUUUACUAUGCUGUACAAGGUGGUUCUAACUUUUGAGUUGGUGGAUGAAAUCCUAAGUGUGACAAUUUAAAUGAAAGCUACUGAGCAGUACUUUCCUGUGGUACUGUUUAUUGUGCUGUACAAGUUGGUUUUAACUUUUGAGUUUGUGGAUGAAAUCCUAAAGUGUGACAAUUUAAAUGAAAGCUACUGAGCAGUACUUUCCUGUGGUACUGUUUAUUAUGCUGUACAAGGUGGUUUUAACUUUUGAGUUUGUGGAUGAAAUCCUAAAGUGUGACCAUUCAAAUGAAAGCUACUGAGCAGUACUUUCCUGUGGUUUUGUUUAUUAUGCUGUACAAGGUGGUUCUAACUUCUGUCUGUGGAGUCUGUUGAUGAAAUCCCAGGCGUAAUAGAGUGACCAUUUACAUGAAAUCGAGUUUGUCCAUUCCAAAAUGUGCUUCUGAGCAUUAUUCUCUGUUGCUGAUGUUGGUGGUGUUGUGGUGGUGGUGGUGGCAUUGUUUUCAUAUAUUACAAACUUAAUUUGCGUUUGUACAUUUUGUUUCAGGACUCAAAACUUCUUCGAGCGAUAACGAAGAUUGUGGAAGACUGGAUCAAAACCAAAGUGGUAAACUACUUAACGAACAUUUUAAUUAUUCCUACUGAUUCUCUGUUUUCUUAGUAAAUACGGAUAUAAUUCUAGUGGUAGCUGCCAUUAAAAUCACAACGUAUUUUGUCUUCUUCAGACACAGCUGACAAUUCAGCGGCUGCCCAUAUUGAGAGAGAAGUCAGCGUUGCUUGUAAGGAUGAUGGCCAACUAUGAAAAGCGGUUUCCAGAAGAUUUCGAACUGCAAGCUCAGUUUUUGGAGCUCGUCAAUUAUGUCUACAGGUUUGAAAGUGUUUUAUUUUGACUUUUCUUGAUCAGUUUAAGAAGUUUUUAAAAGCAAAUAGAGAGCUUCAGUAACGACGAUGGAGACGGCAAGGAGAACGCGCAUCUCGCUUUUUUGUGCAUUUCUUUGCCGGGGCCUAAUUAGGGCCUAAUUUCACGUUUUGUGGAGGACGUGAACAAGACAACGACUUUCUUUUUCUUUUCCUGGACUUUGGUACAGUCUUUGGUAUCCGUCGCCAUCGUUGUUGCUUACUGCUUAAGCCCCGUGUUAAGGGUUGAUAUCCAAUGUCGCGUAAUUUUAACGUGCGUACGUGCUUAAAAGUUACGUUCGCAAAUAAAAUAGAGGCAAUGCAUGAAAGGUCGCUCGUGAGCGUAAAAGUUGAACAUCGCUCAACGUUUAAGCUCAGCACUUUUUAUGCGAUUCAAAUUUUACGUGCGUUAACGUGCGUAGCAAAUUCGCGUCAGUGGAAAUCAACCUUAACGGACGCAACAUGGUUGACCAACAACUCCCAACAUUGUUGGAUGUUACAUGUUGCGUCCGUAUGCACACCCUGUUGCAUGCAUGUUGUUGGGAGUUUUUGCGCAAAGUUUGAAACUGGUAAAACGUGUUGCGUCCGUCUGCACGUAGCUUUAAGCUCCGUAAUAUCAGUCAGAUAGCAUUCCGGUGUGUGAAGUCACGUGAUUUUUCGUGUUUUGCAGAGAUGAGAACCUUGUGAGCACUGAACUGGCUUCCAAACUUGAGCCUGCAUUCCUGUCUGGAUUGCGGUGUAUCCAGCCCCAGAUCCGAUCGAGAUUUAUGGAGGUAUGCGAUAAAAGUAAAGUCUUCUAACAAUUAAAUAAUUCUCUUCAUUGUUUGGUAGAGGUCAAGCAAAUUUGGUAGCACAUCACACUCAUUUAUAUGGCGCAAAUUCUGUAAAACAUAUUCAGCUGUCGUUUAAAAUUGUUAUUGAAACAAAUUGAACCAAUUACAUUUACUAAUGCGGUCAAAAGGGUUUUCGUUUUGAACUUUAUGUGACGAAUUUCAACCAGUUAUGGUGCGGGUAACAUCUCUCUCCUUUUUGAAAAUUCCGUGAUAAAUUGGUUUGAUUAUUUGAAAAGAAAAGCAGCGAGUAUUGACAACGGUCAACAGGAAGAACGUCUGUGAAGAUAAGGGCGAUAGAGAGCUCUACUUUCCUGAAUUCUCUCGUGUUCAAACCAAUUGAAUUAUGGGUUGUUUGUUCCACAGGUUUUUGAUAAGACCAUGAAAAAGAAGUUGUAUGAUCGUCUACUCUACAUCUUCUGCUCGCAGGUAUAUCAGUUUACGUGAUUACAAUUUACAGCUGGUACAUUGUAUUUGUCUGCGGCUUAUCAGUUUUGGGUAUCCGUCAUAUCGUGGUGUCCGUCAAGAUACAAAAAAGGAAACGCACUUAAUUUGAGUGUCAACGUAUGUUAGCACGAAAGUACUAAUUCAGGACCCUAUUACUACGUCUGCUACUGGAGACGGGACCUCCAUUUUACGUGGUCAUCCGAGCCAUGCGAAUUCCUUGAGUAUUGUUUGGGUCCCGGUAAUCGAACCUGCGACCUCCCACUCAGCAGUUACGCGUUCUAACAACUGAACUAGUCCUGACGUUGUUAAGUUACGUGUGCCUCACAUUUCCAACGCUUCAAGUGCUUGAUAACUUUGACAGUUUACUUUCUAGUUCUUCUCUAACUGAUUCGAAAAGAAUCUGACGGACAACCUAACGUGUUUCACCGAAAUAUUUCGACUAAAUCGCUCGUUCAAGUCUGGUCGAUUAUAAGUGGUUCGCGUGCAAAGUCGAAAUAUUUCGGCAUGAACUCGUUUCAUUUCCAGUCAAUUCCUUUCGCAUCAUGUUAACAUAACGUGAAGGGAGCUUUUUUCUUCCUCAACUGUUUUCGUUUAUUUUUAACUAAUUUCAUUAUUUUUUAUUUUUUUUUCAGAACUGGGAAGCCAUGGGCCCUCACUUUUGGAUUAAACAGUGUAUAGAAGUACGAGAUCCUAGUUGCUAGAGACUCGCUUAAACCAAUUUUCACGAGACCUUCAAAGCUGGCCUUUUUGUUUCUUCCUUAAGCAGUCACCAAAAGGACGGCAACAAUUUAAUUUUGCGGGUUUUACCGCUAAAGAGAUCCUUAAUGUUAUAAGCUCUCGUUAGCUCUUACAUUUCAUGGUAUCUUUUUGUAGUUAUAAUUUUCGAUAGAGGACCACAAGUAUAUUAGUUUUUCUAACUAUUCGUCACUACCCUCUUUAAAUAAAGUAUAUUAUCAUGUUUAUUAAUAUGGAAAAGGCAUCGUUUAAACGGCCAAUCAGAUUGCGGAAAGCUAGUAAUGUGAGAAAGUAUAUCUACCCUCUCAGUUGUUUAUCGUUUUAGUUGCAUUCACUUGUGAACAUGUCAAGUCGAUUAUUAGACUUAUUUAGCAACAGAACGCGAACGUCAUUUGACGACGGGAAAGCGCGCGAAAACUCGACUUCCGGUGCCCAAUCUGUCGCUCUGCCAUUGGUCAAGCCAGUUGUAUGAUUUGCGCGCGCCGUCGUGAAUUGACGUUCCCGUUCUAUUGCUAAAUCAGCCUAUUCUUAAGGUGAUGUGAACAUUGCUCUGUUGUACUAGAUCCCUCAUUAGUGCUCCUACUACUAGAAGCGGCGUUGCAUUUCAGAUCAUGGAUGAGUUAAGCUAACUUGUCGUAUAUCUCCUUACUUUCAGCUUCUACUGGCCGUGUCUGCAUGUGAGAGGCCAGUGACUCCCUCAAGUACAUUUAGCAUGCUUCCCUCAGUGACGUCAUUCAUCCGGGUUUCUGACAACCCAGCAAGUAAGGAGAUUCUAGCGCAUACUCAACAGAAGCCAACUGCUGGUUCUGAGGAUGCGAAGGGUGAGAAGAUGGAGACAGAGAGUAGCAAGGAAGGAGAAAGCAAAAAGGAGGACGGCUCAGGACGAUUCCUGUUUGAGAUCGACGACUCCGAGGUACUAUCAUAAGUUAGACAAAACAUUUGAAGAAAUGGGCGGAUAGAUGUAUAUAAACUGAAACGAUCUUGUUUAUGUCCUUAUUUGAGUGUUAUCCACGUGGUUUUCCAAGGAACCAAUUGCCUGUAUUCCCAGGACGUAAAGGAAAAAAGUCCCAUUGUUUCAAUCAUUUCUUAAACUAUAGUAUAUGGUCGUUGAAAAAUAUCAGAAAGAAAAUGCCACAUGAAGGCACGACUGUUUUCAAGGCCUAAAGAAAUCAACCUCUGUUUUAGUUUCUAUGCCACUGUUAAUGAAACGAUAAAUUAAUAUUUCACUUCCAUUUCAAGACUGCAAAGGUUUAUUUCUUUCAUUGAACUCCCAUUAAGCAGUCGUAACUUAGUCUGAUAUAUCCUAUGACUUGUCACUUCACAGACUCUUCUGACCACCAUGGACAAGAAGGCCGCUACCACUAGACUAAAUAAGGAAGAAACGGUUCAGCAACUUGUAGAGAGACAUGGAAAAUUCAUUGAAAAGCUUCGAGAGGUCAAGGUACGUAAUCCAAUAAGAUUUCCUUUCCGUGACAUGGUAAUGGGGCGUUUAACCAACGGCAACGGCGGCGGCAGAGAAAACGUCACUCAAAAAGUGAAUUCGCGCUGUUUGAAACUUCAUCGUUCUUAUCCCAACUCUUUUAAUUUUUCAAAUAAUGGCUAUUUUUUUUAUUCAGGAGUUAAAUUCUAAAGGGCUGUAUGUGAGUUCACCAAAGAAAAAAGAAAAUCGUUUUCUUGGGUUCACGUCCUUCAUAAAGCGUGAAAUUGGGAAGGUUCUCGUCGUAGUUGUGCAAUGACGGCAAAGAAAUGUACAAAAACGCGUGAUGCACGUGCAAAGUUGUUGUUUUGCCAAUCUAAACCUAUUGCUUUUUCGCCGUUCUCGUUGAUGUCGCCGUCGUCGUUGCUUAAGGUCCCUGGUGACGCUACAUGACAAAAUAUUUUUUGUUUAUUGUGCGCAACACUGAGGCCUUAGUGAAAGGUUCCGAAGAAUCCGUCAUAGUAGCGUGUGUUUACUCUCGCGCAGGCGUUAUGUUCUGUACGGGGAAAUCGUUCUUAAUCUUGAGUAGUCUCAGCGUGAAGGCGCUAAAGGUAUUUUGGUGUGAUUUCAGACUUUCUCUUUUCUGCGUUCAAUGGCUCAACUGUGCCACAGAUACUCCAACCUUGCACAUCAAGUGUGGGUAGACCUGUUCCCUCAGCUGUGGAAUCUUUUGACAGAAAAACAACAGCAAGUAAGUAACAUAUUCAGUUAUUAGUCAAUCAAAAAUGUCUCCGUUUCUGAUUGGCUUAGCCCUUCACGUAGACGUUCUUAUGGCGUCAUCACGCGCUCCUCCACUAAGAGUGUCUGCUUGGGAGGCAAUCUUUCCGGGAAUUGUUCAUAAAAAUUAAAACAGCUAGCGUUGACGAAAUUUGUAAGCUGUUUGUCGAUGUCAAUACAGUUGACGUCAAUUGCACUGAUAAUGGACAGAAAAAGGGUCAGUCGCCGAGGGUUAUUCAGUACAUCCAAACAGAGUCCUAUGGACGAAGGCCAUAAAACAACCUGACACUCCGGAAGACAGUUGGCGAGCGACUUAGAAAAGUUUAGCAACGUGUAGUAGAGGAGGAGGACGUGUGUGGUCGCCAAGCUGAUUGGAAUUUGGAGAGAUAAAGGAAAUGGCGGAAAAUUUCACGCGUUUACGUGAAGACGAAAUAGCCGAGUUACUGGAAAGAAAAGUUGUCGCGAAUCUUAAGACGAUGUUAGUAGUUUUUACUGUGUCUAGGGUUAAUUAUGAAGGGCAUUCUUCAGCCACCGUGUAAUACCAGUAGAAAGGUUUCCAAAUUAGGAGCACUCCGAAUAGAAGACGUACUUAAUGAUUGUGAGUAGCAUGAUCGCUACAAAACUCUACGUACUAAGACUACACUGUGUGGCGCUGGGAAGGAUCUGCCAUCUGGGAGACCACCUGCAGUCACUGCCUUGAGUAUAUCUCUUCUUAAGUUUUAUUUUAUUUGGCGUGCGCGCUUACCGUUGAAGUGGGUUUAGUUAGUUGAUAGAGAGAUUAAGAUUCACAUUUACCGCAAACGGCAAACGUCAGACUCGCGUUGAGAAUUUCUCGGAAUAGAAAAUAAGCAGAUAAAAACAGUCCCUAACGAUUCCUAUGGUUAAAACUGGCAUAAAACUACUUAUUUUUGUGUAGAAGCAAUAAAGAGUAAACGGAAAGUAAGGGGGAAACUUGGUCACGUGGUACAAAUUCACGUCUGCCGUUUGGCGUAAACGUGAAUCUUAACCUCGCUAAUACUCUCAUAAAUGAAUGGGAAAAGCGCAACGCAAUAUGGGUGACAGAUCAAUUGAUUUGAUGUUCUUGUCAUCAGGUUCUUGCUGGUGAGAUUAGUCCGUUUAUGUGCAGUGGAAGUCACUUAGUUCAGGUUGACACCUUUCCGAGCUCCGUUCAUACGAUCCUUGAAGGCGUUUCUAAGUGUAACCCUGCCGUUCCCAUUCGUCCAUGUAUCCUCAAGGUGAGACAAUAUCUAAUGCCCUGUUCACACCAACAAAAGAUUUCUAGUUAAAUCAGCUUUACCAAAAUGAAAGUAGUAGAAAAAAAAAACUAAAGAACUGGGUAUUGAAUAGAGUUCAAGUAAAUUUCGGUUUCUGCCUCUUUUUGUGCCAAAUUUGUAGUUGACAACAAUCAUUUGGCAGCCGUGAUGAAUAAUCAAAUUUAACGGUGUUAAACGGUUUUUAAACAUGUCUGGUGUGAAGCUUUAAUAUGAACUGGAAGUAAAUGUCUAAAUUUAAGAUCCAUCCUGGUUUCACAUGUUUUAACCGCUUCAUUAAACAAGCUCCAAACCUUGAGUAAUAUUUAGCCAUAUAGAAUGUUUACGUUGAGAAACUUUGAGGAGUGCAUCUAACUCUUCAAGUAGUUUGAAUUGUUUGAAAUAUGAACGAAUUAAGACAAGGGAUAAAGUGCAGUUCCAGUAAAUAGCAUUUUAAGCUCCUCAGUUGAGCAAGCUUGAGGGGCGAGUGGCUAAGUCGUCAGGAACGAGGGCGGGAGCCCAAACUCUCUUCCAUUUUUCCAUCAGUUUGCCAUAACUGUGUUUUUUCGCUCGCCGCGUGGCUCUGAGAACGAAAAACGACCGUUCGCGGUUUAAAAUGUUAAGGAUAGGAGAGGUUUUUUGAAGUGUGUUCGUGUGUGUGUGUUUUUUUAAUCUAAUUUAAUUCUAUUUCAUUUUUCAGUAUCUGGGUAAAAGUCAUAACUCGUGGCAUCGCGCUGGACUCACGCUUGAGGACUAUGCCAGUUUGUGUGAUGAGUAUUCUACUCAUCAGAUUUCACAUCAACAACAACAAGUUAUUGAUUUCUCUCCAUUUGAGGAAGACCCAUCUGAGAUCAACCAACAUGUACGUAGGGUGCUUUUCCGUUUUCUUUUCCUUUCUCUUCUCAUUAUUUAACUUGCUGGUGAUAUGAAAAAAAAUUGUAUUUGUGAUAAGGCAUGACAUAGUUUGAUGUUAAAAUAGAACUGCCCGAGACUGUGAUCGUUUUGCUAGCAGUGUCUGCCUCCAUGCACUUUGUUAAAAGUUUGUUUAGGCUGAUUUAGGGUUAGUUCAGGCUGUCUCACACCAAUUUACAUUGGCCAAUUUCAUUGUGAAGCAUAAUUUAGUCACCUUUCUAAUUGAUACAAAAACACCCAGGGCCUUUCACGUACGGUUAGGGUAUAGUUAAUGAAUAUAGAUGUGGAAUGUGUUUUAUUUGUUGGCAAUUUUGAGUUUUGCGGUCAGCUGGCACGAUGUCUGGUGCCGGGAAAUCCUCGGAGUCACUCGGAUCUCUCAUGUCGGAUCUAACGAUAGUUUUCCGAAUUUUCGACUGACCCAGACCCCGCUAGUUGACGUGAAAAUUAAAAAUGUUCGCCAAGGGAACUGUAAGUUAUGUUCAUUUCUUACUUUCUUAUCGGUUUUUAGAGCUCCUGACUCCUUGUGAAAAAAUAAACUCUUAUCGUUCUCAACAAUAACACAGCCAGCGACGAAACUGCUUGCCACAAGCAGGCGCCAUUAGGAAAAUAAAAUGUAACUUAAGAUUAAUCCAUAACAUUUUCAUCCAUUAGGAGACCAUGGAUGCGCUUGCCGAGAUGUAUUCACUGUUGAAUGAAGAAGACAUGUGGGCUGGCUUGUGGCAGCAGCGGUGUCGAUAUCCAGAAACAGCCACUGCUAUCGCUUAUGAGACUCAGGGCUUCUAUGAACAGGCGCAGUCUGCUUAUGAAAUGGUAAUAAAAAAGUUUCCGUUUUCACUGAACCUUCGUUGAAGAUUGAGGGCGUUUUCCAUUUACCAAAACUUUUCGGAAACUGCCGUGGAAAGGUCCAUCGAGUGAAGAACGUGUUCCAUUUGACACAAGUUCUAUUCGUCCAUGCUCUCGUUACCAAAGUUCUAGGUGGUGCCACAGAUAUCGCCGUGAAUAGCCUUGAACUGGUGAUUCCUUAUUAAAACUCGUAAAUAGAACAUGCUUUUUCACCGGAAAAUUUGCAACGGGAAAACAGGACUACCUUAAGUUUUCAAAAUUCCACUUAUUCCACACGGAAUAACAUCCCAAGUGGAACUUCUUGGUAAUGGAAAGUGCCCUGAAUCUUUUCGUGUGAACACCACAUCAAAACAAGCUUUGUUCUAUUUCCACUUUUCCUGUUAAGGAGAAGGCUACUUGGCUGUAGUUUCCUUUGGUGCUGUUUAGUAUGUUGUAAAGGGUGCUUGUACUUUUUGAGCCUGAUAGAAUCCCAUAGUGUGAUCAUUCAAACGAUUUUGACAUGGCAUAUCGGUAAAAUGUAACUGCUACUCGAAAGUACAGAUACCCAGAAGAGAUCGCAUCUGUCUCGUUGUAAGGUUCUGCUUUACUAGAAUGCGACAAACCCUUAAACAAGGCUUACAGGAGAAUUCUCUGAUGAGGCUUCUAGUUCCUAGAGAGCGUUUUCUAAGUGAGCGGUUCGUUAGUUCUCUUGAAUAUCAUGACGUAUUAAUUUCUUAUCUGCAGGCGAUGAGCAAAGCUCGUGAGGAACAUAACCGAGGACCCGCCAAUCCACAACUGAACUCAGAAUACAAUCUGUGGGAGGAACAUUGGAUCAAGUAAUGGCAGACUCAGCUUUACGUUUUGCGUGCAUUUUAAGUUUAUUUCGUGUUUUUGGAUUAAAAUUUGCUGAUUUUAAGUCUUAAACUGAAAGUUUAGUCAAGCUCAUUCAAAACGUGAUUCUUUUUGGACGUCGCGCGCCCCUUCUCUGCGAGUGAUUCGAGAGACCAAAGUGCAUGACGUGCGAAAACUGCUUGACAAACCCAAAGUUUAGCUGCCGAGAAAGCUUUUGUGAUGUAGAGUAUUGUGAACAAAAAAUUGUCUUGUCUUUAUGUGAAAAAUAACUAUUUCAUUGCGUUUCAUAUAUUUAGUUGUUCCAAGGAACUUGGUCAGUGGGACUUGCUGAUGGAGUUUGGAAAAACCAAGGGUCAUGCGAAUCCUUUUCUUGGUAGGUUUACUCCAUGCCUGUAAACGCAGUUUCAUCCAAAGUCGAUGCGAUCAUCAUUGCCUGAGUAACCACUCUCAAUGGGGACUCUAACGUUUGGAGAACUUGAACGGAAAAGGAUAAAAAAAAGUGCAUAUUUUCAAGAAGUUCUUCAAACAUUUGUCGCCUUAAAAAGUGACUAGUCGGGCCAGUGUGAUCGAAAUGCUUAUGUCUAGUGCUAGUAAAUAAACUUUGUCUUAAAGUCAUAUUUGACAUUUUUCUAUAUCUUCCUUCGUUUUCAUGUCUUUUAUGUGUGGUCAACUAAUGAUAUUAUAAGGAAACUAAAUUUUUUUUUCGAAGAAAUUAAAUUUAAGUUAUUGUUGUGGUUCUGAGAAUAGUGCGCCUUGUCCAAUUCUUUUUUGGCCUGUGAAAGUUGUUCGUAUGCAUAACAAUUUUCUUUCGUCGCUUAGUUCUUGAAAGCGCCUGGCGAGUCCCUGAAUGGCAGUCGAUGAAAGAAGCUCUUGCCCAGGUAAUAUCUUUGUGUAUUAUUACAUUCCAAAUCAACAAUAGUAUUGCACUCUUGUUGUAUCAUAUGAGUCUAAUCAUCUUACUCUACUCUCCAACAGGUUGAAGUUAAUUUCCCUGAGUCCAUGGCCUACAAAUUAAACUUGUAUCGCGGAUACAUCGCCAUAUGCCAUCCAGAAGAGCAGCAUCUUAACAUGGUAGGUGUCCCUGGGCUGUUAUCGUGUUUUGUUGUGUUGAGACCAUUUCAAAUUUUUACGAUUUGGAGACGUGUAACUUUCCGGCUCCGCGAGCUACGCGUUUUGUCCAAGAUUUCUUGCCUCACUUCCUUGCUGACUUUGAAAUGUUGCGUUUUGGACGUUUAGAAAGUGACUUCAAGGUGCCCCAUGCACUCUAAAGAAGCUAAAGAAAUGAAAUCGGGGAAAAAAUUAAGUUUUUACGACUUGUGAGAGUAAAGGAUCAAACGCUGAAAACUUGAACCCAAAAUGGCGAAUCGGCGUCAGUAUUUAACUUUCAAUGAAACAACUGCAGGCAGACAAGCAUGUUGCUUGAUGGCAAGAAAUUAUCAAGAUUCCGGCUUUUGUCAUCCGCUAUUAAACAUCACAAACGUUUGCCUGAACAGUUCUCGCUAUCGCUAAGAUUUAUUGUCAUGUUACUUUCAAAUGAAAGCUGUGGGUAAUGGAGUAGUGGCCAACUCUAACUCUGGGUCCGCUUCUUUUGCAUUUGUAGGUUGACAAACUUGUUGAACAUUCCACCACUCAAGCCAUCCGUCAAUGGAGACGACUGCCCCCUGUUAUUUCACAGCAACACAUUCCUCUCUUACAGGUCAGCAGUCAGCUGUGGAAAACAAAGUUAUUACUCUGAAUAUGUUCUCUUCAAUUCUCACCUAAAGACAAUGAAUUACCGUAGUCGAAAUAAGUGUGAUAGAGAGAGCUUCUAUUUUUAAACUUUACGUUACCUCAUAACGUUAUGUAUAAGCGUUCAAGCUAACUACAGUGGAACCUCGAUAUAACGAAGUCCUCGGUAUAACGAACGAUUUUCUCUACCGCAGAAAAGUACCGCGAUAUAACGAAACCUCAUUAUAGCGAACAAAUUUUGCCAGUCCCUUCGUUAUAUCGAGAUUCCACUGUAGUAAUGUUAAAUCAGUCCGAAAAAGUCUCAUAUCCUAUUUAAAGAAAAGUAUUGCUGGGUGAACCUAUGCCACCGAUAUUAAUGUUAUAAAGGAAAUAAAGGGAGAUGUAAAGAAUCAACCAUAAGAGGACGCAGAAAAAAUCUGAUUCCCAGACGGGAUUCGAACCCACGACCCUCCGUGUUCUAGAUCGGAUGCUCUAACCUCUGAGCUACUGAGGACUCGUUGGCGAGCAAGGGCCAUUUUUGUGGGUUGGACUUGCGAACCGCAUCUCGCAGUCACACAGUCCAUCACAAGCAACACAUUACGGCUUAACUGUAUCACACAGUCACACUAAUAGUAAGAAAUGUCUCACGCAUGAGGGUGAGUUAAGUAAACAAAUAAAAGCAUUGUGGUGGACAAGGUGACUUACUGGAUUCUUCUGUGACGCACGUCUUGUGCACUGUAGGAUGCGAUUAAUUUUGGAUAAAAGGACUAAUAUUGUAUCUACAUUUUCAUAUUAUUUUGUCGUUGUUUAUAAUUCGCACUUCAGGCUGCUCAACAAAUAAUGGAACUGCAAGAGGCUGCUCAGAUACACACAGGACUACAGCCUCCGAAUGUAGGACGAUCAACCAGUCUCCAUGACAUGAAAGCCAUAGUCAAGACUUGGCGGUGAGCACAAGAAUCUGUUCGUUACGUUUGCGGUUUUGUUACAAAAUGGUACUUUUCACCUACCGAACACGAUUUAACAAUGUUUUGUUUGAAACACUGCACUAGUACAGAUCUUACCGGAAGUCGAAAGUAAUAACGCGCGUCUUUCUCGACUGGUUUAGUUUCGCGUUGUUACGCUUUCGGAGUGGUUAGGAAAAUUUCGUGUCGCUUUCUCAACCAAUCACAUUAAAGGCAAGACCAAUCCUAACUUGCGGGCGCACGCGUUUUACCCGCGCUGGGCCAUAGGCUUCGAGCUCUGAUUAGUUUGUUUACUUGUCAGUGUGCAUUCUGAUUGGGCAAAUGUACUAUGGUUUUACAACAGUCAACUGGAAACAUAUCCAACGUGUCUUAAUUUUUCUUUUUUUCAGUAACCGUCUUCCCAUGCCGUCAGAUAAUUUAUCUCACUGGAGUGACGUGUUUAUGUGGAGACAUCACCAUUAUCAGGCCAUUGUGGCAGCGUAUGAGAAUCAAGCUCAACAUGAACCGGUCAGUAAAAACACAGUUGCCUACAUUUUCUAUCAGUACGUACACACUCAUAUCCCUACCAGUUUGUAAAUAAACAUUUGCCUUCCUUUGAGGUCAGUAAAUUAUAAACAUUUUGCUUCAUUUCUGGUUAGUUUAUGCAAUUUUUUAGUAGCUGUAGAGUUAUUAUAUGUUAUUUUAUGGAGGUAUUAUCAUGGUAUUUUAUAGAGGCUUUCUUUUCGCAACUGCAUAAGUUACAUAUUUUACUGUGAUGAUCUUUACAUAUAUUUCCUAAUCUCGUAGUUUAAAUAUAUAACAUUCAGACAUUUAUCAUUUCAGUUAUUGCGUUAUCUUCUUUUUAGUCAUUAAAUAAAUGAUUAGCGAAUUAAAAUGCUGCGUAGGAGUAUUUGUUUAAGAAAUAUGACAAAUAAUUGCGCGUCAUAAACUUAAGCACUUUUUGUACAAAAAUUACUCAAUGCACACAACGUUCUAUUAAAGGUAAAGGUAAAGCAACCAUAUUUUACGUCGAUAACUUGUGUCAGUAAUAAGAGAUAAACUUGAGGUUGACAGUGUACUCAUUUUAUUCCCCUCCCUCCAUCAAUGCUCCGUUUCAAGGGUAUUUAAAGCUGGUCAAAGCUACUCAGGAAGGAGAGACGUUGAAACAAGGAUGUGAUGUCACGGGGAUCGAACUCGGUACCUCGCCCACUGAAGGCCGCACACUAACCAACGGUGCCACUUCAUGCUACUCCACUCCAUGCUAUUCAACUAAGAUCAGGGCCCGGUUGUUCGAACGCGGGUUAGCGCUAACCCGGGGUUAAAUUUUAACCCGGGUUUCUUUUUCUUUUUAUCAAAAGCCCUCUCUCGCAUAAUUUUCUCUAUUUUUUUAGCAUAUCCAAUCAUCAAAUUGUAGGCAUAUCUGAGUUCAAAAUUUGCACUAACCCUGGGUUAUCUUAACCCAGCUUCGAAUAACCCAGCCCACAUGUAUAUCAGUCAUCUUAGAGCGGUUUUCACUUGACUGUCGUAAAACCAAAACCAAAGUAAAUACACUAGCCAACCAAAGGGCGUAGUAAAACAAAAACAAAAACCAAAACCAAUCCCUUUCGACAGUCAAGUGAAAACCGCUCUAUAGCUUCUCUUCACAAUUCCUUCGUUACUAAUGAGGACACCUUUUUAUUUUGUAAGCAGCAGAGUAACCACUCCAUGCUUGGUGUCCACGCCUCCGCCUGGGCCAUAAUUCAUUAUGGUUACAUAGCCAGAAAGCAGAACCUCACAGGAGUUUGUCUGGACUGGCUGAGCAGGUUUGUUUGGACACUUUGUGGCCGGUUAUAUGAUCAUUUGUGAAUAAACGCUGAGCGCAUCAAGUAAAGGAAUAGGCAGCAUGGCUUAGUAUUUACAAUCUGUGUGUCCAGGUUUAAUCACCGCUCUGACAACUCGCAGGAAUUGUUUGUCAGAACGUGAACGUUGGAAACGUUUGCACAAUCUUCCGAGCUAGAAGCUCGUGCUUAAAACGCUCGACAUGCUAACUAAACUAUAUAAAACUAAGCAGUAUCCCUGAGUUCAUCUCCUCGGCCAUACAUGUAAAAAACCCCGCCUUUGCUGCCUGCCAGUUAAGAUUUUUACCUUGUUUAGUUUAUUUGAUGAUUUCACAUUAUUUAUCAUUAUCCUUGAAAAGCCUCUUACGGGGAGAGGAUGAUUAAGUGUAUUUAUUUAUUUAUUUUUUUUGUAAAAGUAAUGUCAUCGUUGAUUAUGGCCGGUUACUGAGGAGGUUGACUUGCGAAGCUGCGGGAUUUAACGCCCUUGCGUGUUUUAAUUCACGAGCACUUUGGUUUUGGCCGCAGAGCCGCGAGAAGAAAGGCGAUUUUUCCUUUUUCUCUCCCUAUUUUCCCGCUGCCGGCUCCGCUCCCGUACUCCAGUGGCGCCAGCCGCGCGAGUUAGUAGACGGUAAAAACAUGCUUGGUCUUUUUGAGUCAGAAGUCAUUGUAGCAGGCACAUUUUCGUUUCAGAAUUCAUACCAUUCCCAGUGUUCCUAUCGUGGACUGCUUUCAAAAGAUCAAACAGCAAGUUAAGUGCUACCUGCAGAUGGCUGGUGGGAUGGGAAAACAAGAGCUACAAGAGGUUUGUACUCUCUGUAACUAAGUCAUUUAUUAUUUACUUUUAAAUUGUUUGGUCAAAAUAACGGAUUACCUUCCCCGUUUUUUGAAUGAGAAUAAAAUUAUGAGUUACGAAUAAUUGUUUGUUCUUUCUUCUCUAACAGGGCCUGGAGGUUAUUGAAUCAACAAAUCUCAAGUACUUUUCUAAGGAAAUGACUGCCGAGUUCUUCGCUCUCAAAGGAAUGUUUUUGGCUUACAUAGGAAGGUAGGAUUAGAGUGUUCGACGUGUUCGCAAGAUCAGGAGCUUAUAUCUUUAGCUAUAUACAAACCGGUACUAACAUCCCAUCGGAUAAGCCCUUUGUUAACCUUUAAAACGCUUAUUUCGACAUCGCUUUUUCAAGGGGGCAGGGGGGAGGGGUGGUGUUGCGCUGCUUCCAUGUGAACCCUUUAGCCCAGUUUAUUUACAAAUACUCAUGCGUCUCAUCUUGCGAAUUUAUUGUCAAAAUAAUUUUUGGAUUGACGAUAGAAAUUCAAAAAAUGUAGCAAAGAAAAGCAUAAGUGAAAUUUUGUGCAUGCAGUCAUGUAAACGAUUUCGUCCCAGUUAACCGGCAACUACACAAGACCUGGGCGCAGUUGUUCGAAGGCCGAUUAGCGCUUAACCCAGGGUUUAAUUUAACCCGGGUUUCUUUUUCUUUUGUUCAAAAGCAUUUUCUCGGAUAAUUUCUCUGUCAUUUUUAACAGCAUCCAAUCAUCAACAAGAAUUCAACUGAAUUUACUAUUUCAGCUUUCAUAUCUGAGGUCAAAUUUCGCACUAACCCUGGGUUAUCUUAACCCAGCUUUGAACAACCCGGCCCUGGCUGAUGUGAAGGAACCGGGAAAUUAAAGGGUCUAUUCUGUAUGGCGAAUACGCCAAAGUAAUUACCUUCUCGUAAAGGUGUUACUCAUUUUCUCCUUCUUUGUAGGUCUGAAGAUGCAAAUAAAGCUUUCUCUCAAGCCGUUCAAAUGCAUGAUUCACUUGUUAUGGCCUGGGCGCUAUGGGGGGAUUACCUGGACGGACUGUUUGUACUCGAGAGGUAAUUUCCCCCUCAUUCUUCCAAAAUUUCAAUUUUUUCAUGACAAAGCCUCAAUGUCUGGAACUUCGGUCUUAAAAUCUGUUAAGUUCUCUUUUAAUGGGAAACAUUAAUUCAGACAUUUUAAUCACAUCGCAAGCGUGGCCCAACGAAUAAACAUUAGUUUCUUAACAAUACUGGACUCUCUAAUCACUUAGUUACGGAGCGACUCAUGGCGAGCAAGGACACUUACUAGGUUAAUAUGAGACACGUGUAUAGUGCUAGAUAAGAUAAUUUAAGGUGGAAAAUUCAAGCUCGGUUUAAAAUGAGAGAGGUGAGACGUUCAUAUUCUUUCACUAGCGUGGGGCUAUGUGUCUUAAAUUCUCUUGUCUUUUGUUUACACCUGUCGCCAUAGGAACAUGCAGCUGGGCGUGUCUGCCAUUGUGUGUUACCUUCAUGCCUGCAGACACCAGAACGAGGCUAAGUGCCGGAAGUACUUGGCGAGGACCAUCUGGCUGAUGACUUACGAUGACGAAAAGGUCUGUUAUGAACUGCUAUGUAUGGACUGGACUUUAUAGAAGCUAGCAAUUGUGUAGACGUAGAAGUUAUAGGCGCACGCGCAAAAGAUUGACAGCGUCAACAGAACGUAUAAUUUCGAGACAUGAUCAUGAUAAUGAUGAUGAUGAUUACAUUGAAUUAUCAUCAAGUUGAAGCUUAUCUACAAACGUUAAGGUUUUUGAACGGCUCUCUUAGCUUAAUUUUGGUUAUCUAUUCUAGGGAUCAAUCUCCGAAGCAGUGGACAAGUACUGUGUUGGUGUCCCCCCGGUUCACUGGUUACCAUGGUAUGGAACCCGCCCAUUAAUGUCUAUAUCUCAGUGCCUCUCUGUUUACGUUUGUUUGAUGAAUUGUUUGUUUCUCCUUUCCUUUUGAAUUCUUGAAAGACGCAGAGGCUUACUUUUCUUUUGCUGAAUAUGUUUGUGUUUCUCUUUCUACAUAGGAUUCCUCAGUUAUUGACUUGUUUGGUUCGACGUGAAGGUCAGAAAAUCUUAAAUCUUCUGUGCAAUAUAGGACGAGUCCAUCCUCAGGUAAUAUGACAACUAAUAAACCAAUUAUUGGAUGAAGUUUUUGUGAUAUCUGGAGUAACGGUAAUCAAGGUCGAGGAAAGUGUUAUCAGCCGAGCCGAGCCAAAGGCCGAGGCUGAUGACACUUACCAAGACCUUGGUUAUUCCAGAUAUCACAAAAACCUAAUGUUAUAGUUGUUUUAUUAUACAUUGUUUUGAAGAAAAUAACGACAAACACACCGUCGCAAGGAACCUGAAUUGAUAUAAUUGUUAUGGGAAAUCAUGCAUUGCGCACGCAACCUACAGAUUAGUCAGUUAUCUGCUAGCAGAUAGGUUGCGCUGUAGGUUGCACUAAUUUCCAAAAUUAACUGUAGACUCUUAGCUAAUGAGAAGACAGAUAAGAACACAAGGUAUCUGGUAGACAAGUUGAAAGUUAUUUCAAUGUUGUUUCAAAAGCUUGUAAACACGCAGCCAAGAAUCAUUAAAGAUGACCUUGUCCCUUGAGGAUAAGAAUUGUUAAUCUUCUUAAAGCACUAGAAACUGUUCUUUGUUCAGCCCACGAAGUCUCUUAUCGUUUUUUUUAGGCCAUGUAUUUUCCAAUCAGAACACUUUAUCUAACUUGGAAGAUCGAACAGCGGGAGAGGCGUAAGUUUUGUUUUUUUAUUUCCUGCUUUUUCUUUGUUUUUUGAGGAAUUUGUUGAAGUACACGUUUGUUUUUCUCUUCUUUAUACUGCAGCACGUGUUCGAUUCUGCGAACCUGCGCACCUACCCCUCCCCCAAUCUACCGUUAACACUUACUUCUCACUUAGGGCAAAAUGUUGGAUUAAGAAGGGGUUGGUGGACAGUUUCCGUGAAGCUUAUACUGAUCCUGUUAGGCAAUGAGCCCGCGUUUUUUCGUUUUGGAAGCUGUUUUCCUUUUCGCGCGCUAAGGCUUGUUGCACGUUUCCCUCGCUUGCUUUUUUGUUUUCCCGCGCUGUCUUAUGAACUCCUCAUGAAAUCUCAAAUUCCAGAUAAAAUGGAAGCUGCCGCAGCGGGAAUAUCAGCACACCGCAGUUCUACUGGAGGCACCAACACCACCGCGUCCUCAGAUUCACAAAACGCGAAUUCUGCUGCUUCCAAAACAAGUACAACCGGUUCAGAAACAGGACAAACCAGUACGGCUGCAGCCUCGACAGCAACGACUGGUACUGCGGCAGUCAGCUCUCAAGCCUCUGGUAUGUGGAGUAGAUUGUAAAGACAGCGAGUUAAGGACUCGGGAGAACCUUUUUCUCAUCUCUUCUCAUUCGAGGGACGAGGGCUUGGUGCUUAGCCCCUCGCUUCUCGCGUGUCACUCAGUUUCUCUCAAAUCGCUUGCGAGCUCGGCAAUGCUACUAAGGGAAACUAAGAGACCUACAACCAUUUAAUAUUCUGCUGUAAAAUAAUUACCUUCAAGUUGAGCUUAAUCGAUUUAAAAAAGGUGGUUGUGAAUACAUUACUAAGUCGAAAAAUUGUUUUAUCAUUCGAUCACCAAGUUUGCCUUUUAAUGAAUAUAUUCGGGAAGCGAAGCGAUCUGCCAUUUUCACGCAAGAGCGAUCGCAACAAUGAUAAAAGCGUGGUUUUGUUUACGCAUGAGCAGAAUAUUAUUUGCAGCCAAACACAAAGUCAAACACAGUUUGACGACAUUGCGCAUGAGCAAACCAUUAUUUGUAGGCUGUUAUUCGCAGGUCACCUUGUAGGCUUUCGGCCAAUUGCAAGGAAGAACAAUUUGCAUGGAAUGAUAAUGUCAAUAAUGUGUAACACUUUAUCGUUGUCUUGGGUGAUAUUACCUACAAUAAUUUAGUUCCUUUUUUUUUUCUUUCGGUUAUUUUGGUGUGACGGUUGUUAACGCUUGAUUCACGGAUUAAAUAUAAUCACGUUACAUCUGUUUUCCCUUUGAUAUUUCAUGGAGUGCAUGCUACUACAUUUAGUGCAGCAUAAAAAUAUCUAUAUCUCCUUUGAUUGUUUGAGCAAUGUCCUUUUAAAUGUCUUAUAAGAGGUUUAUGUUUUCCUUUUUAGCAGAAAAUGCGGGAAGUUUGAAAGCAGCCACUACGGUACGUAGAUGUGUUUCACGGAAAAUAAUAAACUAUCCUUUCUCUAGAUCACGUUUACAAAUAUUCAUUUCUUCUUACAUUUAUUGAAGUUGUUGUUUUUAUCCUCUUUCAAGAGCACACCAGCACCUCCAUCAACAAGCUCUUCUACACCAACAGCACCUGCUCAUUCAAAUACAACCACUGCACCGACUCCUACAUCUACUGUGGGCUCAGCUACGAGUUCUACGACCGCAGGCAGCACUACAGCCACCACAGGAACCCCACAAAGCACAAGCUCCACACCAGCCAGUAGUCAGAGUGACCCAGGGGCCAUCCGUGCUACAGCUCAGAUGUGGCGCUGUAGUAAGAUCAUGCACCUUCUUAGGGACCUUCACCCUACUCUUCUGUCAGCCCUCGAAGGGGUCGUGGAUCAGGUAUUCACUUCUCAUUGCUCAGCCAGUUGAUUGCCGGCGUAAAGUGAAACAUUUGAGGCCGAUUUACUCGGUUCAACUUGCGCAUGUUACGUGAUAACGAUGAGCCAAACAUAUGAAAUGACUUGUUCGUGCGGUUGGUUUGAUUGAAGCCAUACGAUAGAUUCUUGUUGUGGGCUUAUCGUAGAGGCAAUAGGCCACUUGCACUAAGAGGUCACGUGACCAAUGCUUCCUUUAAACAAUGAGUUGGAAUCUUGCUGAUGCCAAAAAUUGUUAGAGCACAUAAAAAUUAUCUUACACCCGAAAUUUGAGAGGAAACGCAUUUAAGGGAGAUAUUUUAUGGCACUUUGAUUUUUCAGCAAAGUAGUAUGAUUUGUAUUGGCCGCCAUGUUGGAGGGCAUGUUCUUGCCCUCCAACAUGGCGGCCAAAACUACUUCUUGCUUAUAUCUUGUUCAACGUUUCAUAUUUACGCUCAGAUGUGCUGUAAACGUUAUCACAUCAUCUUUUCAACAUUUUCCGUGAAGUUUAAGUGCAAAAUUUGUGUUCAGAAAGAGGUAAUUCAUAAUUUUAAAAUUCACAUUUUGGUCACGUGACCAUUUACGAACUUAUUCAUUUUAAGAAAAUGGUUCGGGUUUGAAAAACCAAAUCACCAUUAUUUUGUUUAAGAUAUGACCCACCAAUCGUUUUUCGAAGGCAAAAUCAUAUAACUUUCAUUUUCAUAAAAACGAUGUGACAUGCCUUUUAGUGCAAAUGGCCUAUUUACAGUUGUAGAUUAAGUGGAAGCGAAGCUGGCAGUGAUUUGGUUUUGAUCUCUUCAACUCAAGGCCAGGAUACUCAAUGCCAAGCUGUAAAAUGGAAUAUUACAUACUGGUUUGUUUUUAAGAACGGUGUUUUCUUUUCAACAGAUGGUGUGGUUCAGAGAGUGUUGGCAUGAGGAAGUACUCAGGCAGCUUCGUCAGGGUCUGACCAAGUGUUACCAAGUAGCCUUUGAGACCAGAGGAGAUGGUAUGUAUAGCGGACUGUUGCCGUAAAGCUGCAGGAUCGCAGUCACGACAGAAAAAAAUUGCAAAAUCAAGCGUUCAAAUUUGGUUCUUUGCUAGUAUUCUUUUGAUUUUCUGGAAGUUUGCGUAAACGCAAGUUUAGAGCUACUGGAAAGUACUGUUCAGUAGCGUUAAGUAGAAUGGUCACACUUUAUGACUUAAUCUGCAAAGUUUAAAAUGGAAAAUAAAUUGUAGAGCGUAAUAUAUAAUAGAUAGAGCACUGGAAAGUUCCUUUUUCUUCCUUUUUCGUAGCUGUGAGGAGGGUGAUUUUGAAACUUUUUUUCCUUUUUCCUUUUCUUUUUACACAGUUGCGUCUGCUCGUAUCACCCCUCAUACUUUAAGCUUUGUAAAAAAGCUUGUGAGCACGUUUGGGAUCGGAUUUGAAUCGGCUUCAAGCGUGUCAAGCACCUUUUCUUCAGCAGCAUCUGAGUCCCUAGCGAGAAGGGCCCAGGCAACGGCUCAAGACCCAGUUUUCCAGAGACUGAAGGAGCAGUUCGCCAUUGAUUUUGACUUCACGUGAGCAGCUUGUAGCCUUGUUUUGUUGUUGUUCAACAGCUAAACUGAGUCAAAUGUUCCAAGUUUUAAAUAGAAACUCGUAGAUGACUACGAGGACAAGUUUUUCGCAAUGCUUAGCUAGUGCGCGCGCGUGAAAGAGCGUCAUUUUGGCGUGAAAUCUCUGUCGAUAUCUGUCGUCAUUGUGACAUGUUUUACCGAAAUGUCGUGGUGACGUAAACAAGUUAUCAAGGUUUUGUUAUUUUGUGAUCGGGAAAGGGCUUAACCUCGUCCAAUUAAAAUAACUGCGUUAUUUUUUCUGGUGAAAGAAGUAAAAUGAAGCUUUAAGGGGUGUGUGUUUUUGAGAAUACGCGGAAUAAAAAAUUUUCGGCAAGUCUCGUCCUCGAAUCUUUAGGUCUGUGAUAACCAUUUCAACUGCAGACAUCCGCAGGCUCAAGUUUUAAAGCCUCCUUGUGUUGUGUCAUGAAUAAUACCCCCACUGAUAAAUUACUACUCAGUAUAGCAUUCAUUUGAGUGGUCUCACUAAGAUUUCAUCUGAAGACAAUUCCGUACAGCAUGAAAAAUCCAGUUAAGUGCUUACCACAUGCCGAUGUAAGACGUUUUGACUAGUGCGAGAAAGAUAAGAAAAUUGAUGCUCAUUUUAGGGAUGAAGGCACAGACAGACGAAGUAACAAAGUUUUAAUGACAGCAUUAACCAGCCCAUGUGACUUUUGAUUUGUCUUUCAGUCAACCAGGUUCCAUGGGUCUGCAUAAUCUGAUCAGUAAACUAAAAAAGUGGAUCAAGAUUCUCGAGGAGAAAGCAAAACUUCUUCCAAAGUAAGACAUAAUUGUAAAUGCUUUAUAUACACAAUCAACAUAAAACUACUGGACUGUACGAGCGAAAUGACAAGAGCAGCCGUAACAGUUGUACACGGUUUACCGCCAUUAGGAACCAUACUGCGCAUGAGUAGAGCAUUGUCUGAAGAAGAACAACUUUUUCUUCUCUAUGUUACGCAGCCUUAUCCAUUGGUGUGGUAUUCACCAAGGUGAAGAGUGUUGUUUACUGGCUUUCUUGCACUCGCGCGCGCGUUAUACUAGAUCGGCGUCGAAACGGAUUGCUCUAUGGUGCGCUUCCCAUAAAUCAGUCCCAUCAUUCAAUUAGACCGAGCUCUCGCCCAGUAUCACACGUGACCUUUAAAGUGCAGGUCAAUAUUUGUGCGCAGUUGAUACCAACCAGAGUUCACCACCCCACCCCCCUUCCCAGUUCAGUCAUGACUUGGUAAAUUGUUGUUUUUUUUUUCAUUUUUCAGUUCCUUUUUGUUAGAGGAAAGAUGUCGUUUCCUUAGUAACUUCACCACAUCCACCGCAGAAGUGGAACUUCCAGGCGAGUUCCUGAUGCCAAAGGCAAAUACGGUUAGUAUACUUUGAAUAAUUAUUCUCAGCCUUGGAAGUACUGCUAAAGAAGACUCAGAAUGACAGUUCAAAGCUACAAUCACGGAAAAGUCUUCGGACACUUUUGCAUCUCUGGGGCGUUUUCCAAUUCACACAGGCCUAACCCCCUCCCCUCCCCCCACAAACAAUGUUGGACGCGUGUAUCCAGAAUUUUUUCCGAGUUUCACAGUGUGUGAGGGAACCCAGAAAUGAGAGAAAAAUAUGAAUAUUUUCCCAAGAACUUUUGUCCUUGAUUGUAGCUUGCCAGUAAAUUUUGGCCUUCUUAUCAGAAUUGUUCAUCAGAUGCCGCAAAUGUGGCUCAUUUGUGGCGUGAAUACAACUGAAAGCUUUCUCAGGCUUCGGUCAUUUUGGCGGGAAAGUGCUGAAAUCAAUCAGCCCUGUUAUCACGCAUUUUGGAGGCAAAAAAUGAAAGUCGUGACAUGGCGGGAAAGAAUUACGGUCAAGAAAUGUGUGACUGGGACAAAAUGAAGUGUAUCCAGUUUCGUUUAUUUUUUAUCCCUACAGCACAGUCCAUACUAUAUCAGAAUCGCCAGGUUCAUGCCCCGAGUAGAACUGGUUCAGAAGCACAACUUCUCUGCAAGGCGUCUGUACAUCCGGGGUAACAAUGGAAAGGUAUGUCUGGAUAUGAGUUUUAGACCGUGCCCACAUUAAGUGCAAUUUAGGCCAGCGGAGACCAGAUCUUUCAUGAACUGCUCACCUAAAACAACACGAACCCUGGAAAUAAGAUUGUGGUAUCUGGAGUAAAUAUUCUUAUCAUUUCGAAAUGUAUUAACCCCAUUUCUUGAUUUUUAUAGAUCUACCCUUAUCUCGUGGUCAACGAUGCUUGGAUGACAGAGUCAAGAAGAGAAGAAAGGAUUCUUCAGCUUUUGAGGCUGCUUAAUCUCUAUUUGGAAAAGAGAAAGGUGCAGACUUAGAUACUGGGCCAGAAAAAUAUAUUUGAAAAUUAGUGUUGUAGUUUCCUCUUUCAGUGGCUUAAAUUCAACUUUUCAACUUAUUCUCCUUUUUUUCUUUCCAGGAGUCUUGCAAAAGGCAUCUUUUAUUUACUGUGCCUCGAGUUGUUGCUGUUUCACCUCAGAUGAGACUGAUAGAGGUAUGUCACGCAAGGUCAAAAUAGUGCCACAAGUCACACAUUUCAUUUGAAGAAUGUUGAGACAUUUCUUGCGUUAUUUUAUUAACGCUGUGCUUUUUUUCCUAGGACAACCCGUCUUUUAUUUCUCUCCGAGAAAUCCUAACAGAGGUAAGGGAAAGUACAGUGUAGCUUCAGUUUAUAAUUGCUGUUGUAACAAUACGUUUCCUAUUAACAGAGACAUUCAGAUUCUAAGACGAGCACAACUUCGAGAACGUGAUUUUCUCAAUACUGAGUGGUGAGCGCGCUUGAACCCUUAAGGUUGAUUUCCACUGACGCGUUUUUGGCUACGCACGUUAACGCACGUAAAUUUAAAUCACGUAAAUAAAAUAGAGGCAAGAAAAUAAAGUAGAGCUUAAAGGAGAAGUUGAGCGAGGCUCAACUUUUACGCUUACGAGCGACCUUUCAUGCAUUGCCUUUAUUUUAUUUGUGAACGUAAUCUUUACGCACGUAAAGAUUACGCGACGCUGGAAAUCAACCCUUACCUAUCCACCUUCGUUUUGCAGCGUUGCGAUAAGAAAAACAUGGAAUCAGAUGCGCCAAUAGCCUUGUACUACGAACGCCUCGCUUCCGUGCAAUCACGUGGUUGCCAGGUGACUCAUCAAGUAUUGAAGGACAUUCUAAGAGAGGUGCAGCUCACACUGGUACCAGAAAUACUUCUGAAAGAAUGGGCCCAAUACACUUACCAAGACCCUUCGGAUUAUUGGACCUUUAGGAAACAGGUACUCUAGAGAGUUAAUGUGAUUACGCCGUAUUAUUUGUUGUUCAGCUGCUUUACGUUUUGAUAGUUGAUAUAAACAAGCAUUAUUUAAGGUCGUGUCCACCAAUACAAUAUACAAAUUUAACAUGGUCCCUAUUGUAGAUGUUGUGUUUUCUUUUCUGACUUAGAGAUAUGUUAAAUUUGGGUAGAGUAAUGUGAAGUAUUUUAUUAUGAUUUUAGUUGAUUACUUUACUUUUCUUUCAAUAAGGUGUCGUUUUUAUCCUUUCUUAUCUUUGCGAGAAGGGGAGGGCGACUUCUCGAUAUUUGGCCAAUUUUUAAGUGUUUUCAUCUACCUCAAUAUAAUUUAUCCCUCCUCACUGAGGUGAAUGGUUGGUACCUAUCAUGUUAAAAAUGAAUUUGGGACUGACGAGUAUGAUAUAAAAACAGCAACAAAAGGAAACUACGAAAUGGGGGGGGGGGUUUACUGGCAUCCCAUCCAGGGAGUUGCUCGAAGCAUGGUUAGCGUUAACCAGCAUUUAAUACCUUGACAACGUAUUGGUUUUAAUACUGCUUAACCAAUGGUUAAAGCUAACCAUGCUUUGAGCAACUCAGCUCAGGGCGUUUGUGGCGUUGUCAUGGUAGCCUGUACCAAGAGAGAUAGUAGGGAGGUCUUAGAAACAAGGUCAAAGGCGAAUCGGAUGCGUAAGGUCUCGGGAGGGGGCAAUGGUGGGAAAAGAAGGAGAGAGACCGUCUACUCUCUCUCUCUCUCCCCAGCCCCCGCGCGUUUUUCGUAUCAGUGUUCACGAUUCGCACGUGACUAUCUUGAAGCUUGGAACAGGCAAUUGUCAUGCUGAAACUGUAAACUAUGGAAAGUAGAUACAAGAACAUUCGCCUAGAAAUUUUUCCAGAAGUUAAAUCCAUCAUUGGUUAACUAACGUGAUUUAUUUUCGCUCUUACUAAGCUCUCUAUUCAACUGGCUCUGUCGGGUUUCGCCGAGUUCACCUUGCACCUUACAAGACUGGGGCCGGAAAUGCUUCAAAUUGCGCGAGACUCGGGCCGACUUACUGUCUCGUACAGUCGGUUUGAAGUGGACGACUCUGAAGGUAUGGUUUGUGGUGUCUGCGAUAGUGUCAGUUUUUAGGAGAGGCGCAGUGUUAUUGGUCUCAACGGGGCUGUCUGUUACUAAGUAUUUGCUUUCAUUUUUUGACCUUAAGCAACGAGAACGCUCACGUCCUGGGCGUCAAACAUGACGACCGGAAGCUGAUAUUUUCUCUCAUUCAGUGCUCUGAAUCGGCAAAUUCGUACUGCAGGAGUUCAAACAAAAGCUGUCAAUUUUGUCCUCCGAGACAGAGGCGUUUCAUCAAGCGAGACAUCGAACUUCCGGUUGCUAUUCAUGACUUCCGGAACGUCGGCGUUCUUUUUUUAUCUUAAGCUCGCUAAUUGUUGAUUGCUGAUUUUACUUUUUCCCUUUAGAUUUCUUUAAUUCAUGUAGAGGUCUGUUCAACAGCUCUGCGGCUUCCUUAAAAGUACCUGUUAAAUUCAUUCACACUUUUUGUCUUAUUGACAGGCAAACUUGACGCGAACCGUCCCGUACCUUUCCGAUUAACCCCGAACCUUGCCGAGUUUUUAACACCGGUCGGUGUUAACGGAGUGGUGUCCGCAGCAAUUGUGUCUGCUGCGCGUUGUUUAGCUGAGCCUCAUUUCAGUAUUCAGAGUAUUCUGAGGGCUGUGUUACGUGAUGAGAUGAUCGCUUGGCAUAAGAAGGUGAGUUUCCAUGGCGACAGAUCAUCUCUUAAAUACUAAAAACCUCUUUACAUACCAUGCUCCCUUUCCCAGGUUUUUAAGGAAUAUUUGGAGGGUUUAAAUGAGUGAGAGAGUUAUAAGCCUCUUUCGUUUUCUAACAUACUUCCUUUUGAAUGUAGAAACAAGACGAGACGCACGCCUUCCCGCUGAGUAAUCCACCAACUGAUAUGGAAAGUGAGCUGCUGAUUACACUUGUCAACGGCGCAGUAAACGCCAUUAUGACCAGAUUACAAAGUAAGUCAUUCAUAAUAAGGUUUGUUCAUUAAUUGUUUUUUUCAGCUUACUGCUAGUCUGCAUCAGGUGAUGAAGUUGAUUGGCUGUGCGGGGCGGGGGGGGGCGCUAUUAGUAGCGUUGUGGUUGUUUGGGAUUGGUGCAUUUCGAUCCUUGCACCUGUGGUUGGCGAAUUUCGAUUCUUAUUGUUUGUGUUAGAAAUAGACUCAUUUUGACUUAUAAUACUAGACCCCUAGAAUUGGCGGGGGGGUGUAAAACAAAAGAAAUCAGAGAUGAGUAAUAAUUUUCUUUGGUUUCAUUCCCUCAAGUCUAGGAGCGAAGUAAAAAUCUCCAGAUAUUGAAACGGGUCUUGUGUGUCCUCGGCGGUUCGCCGCUGUUAUCGACCUGCUACGCUGUCUGUUCUUGGACAUCCAUGCUCCUGGAAUCUUACCACCUCCAUUCCUAAUUGGUGUUACCAUAAGUAAUUGUUGUUCCUUGGUGUAGAGACCUUAAGUUUACGAAUCGCCUUUUGUACGUAUUUCGUGUAUGCGUGCAGACGUGUCUUCUUUCCGCAUGAACCAAAGAAAAACCUAAGGAGACGUCCGCAUACCCUGGGUGACAGAGGCUUUCAUGCGCGGUUUCUGGUUUAAUCAAGUCUUAAGGCUCGAAAGCGGAGUCGUAAGAGCGCUUAUGACCCAGUGAAAAUCAAAAAUCGAAGUCGUAAGCGAAUUCAUAAGCGAGACGGAAUCGGAGUUAGAAGAAUCAGAACGUUUACAUUUUCGUCCGACUCCGCUUACGACUCCGUUGCUUACGAUGUAGUGAAAACCAGAUUGUCGAAUUCGGAAGCAGUGGCGGAAGGAUAAACUAAUCACGGUGCACGUUCCCACGCUUUGUGACUGGUUUAGUUCUUCCGCUUCUACUUACGUCUCCGACGACCCAGUUUUUACUUGAUCGUAAACGACGGAGUCGUAAGCGGAAUCAGAAGAAUCUGAACGCUGUUUUUACUAGAUCGUACAGUUCUACGCUUCUGAUUACGACUCCGACUCCCUCCAUCGUUUGUGAUGACCAGCCUUUAAUGGUGACCCUCGCGAAAGGCGCAGGCUAAGCACUCCUCAUUUCAGCUUACUACGUACUGAGAUGUUUCAAAUUCUUUUCCCAGAUCUUGCGCAAUAUGAAGGCGGUGAAACAAAGGUCACGACCCUGAUAGCUGCGGCCACAAGCCCUGAUAAUCUGUGUCGUAUGGACCCAGCCUGGCAUCCAUGGCUGUAGAACCAACAUGCUGUCUUAAUGUACAUCCGGGAUAGAACCUUUCUGGUGCCCUCCUCGUCCCCGGGCCACCUCAUAUUGUAGGCUUACGGCAGCAAGUCCAGAGAACAGAACGGUUUUUGAAGGCAAUGUCUUCUCCAAAAUAGUUCCGGUAGAUUAAAGUUUAAACGUGCUUCCAACACAUUCUAAAGAAAGGCUAAGUUAUUUCCAUGGAAUCCGUGUAUCAGAGACAAAAUUUCCAAAUAACGAAAUUUUCUUAAAACGAGACUGUUAUUUUUCGCCGUUUUCUCGUUUGCUUUUGUUUAUCCAUUAUCGUGCGAACCAAAAAAUCAUAUGACUUACAGUGACAUUUAUUGUAUAUACCCAUUUAUCAUUAUUUAACACCCUAGCGAUACUACAAUGCAAAAAAAAAAGCCCAGCAACGCCUUUCCAGCUUAUAGAAAAUAGAAUUUACCCAAACAGAACGAAUUUGCCGGUUCCCGGGAAUUCAAGUGUCCAGAAUAACACAUCGUCCUCCUGGUCCUAAUCAAGUGAAGCAUCUGACACUUUCCAAAGAAAUCAGUUACUUCUUCCUAACAUUUCAGAGCUGAUUUUACUUCCUUUUGCCGUCAUGUUAACGUCAGAAUCCUCAAAAUCCUCAAAAUAUAGUUUUAUUUCAAUUUUUUUCUUGAAAUAAGUUAUCUCCGGUCCAGUGUGUAAAAAAUGUAGAAAACCUAAAGUUUACGAAUACAGUUACUUUCAUCCAUGUAGGUUUGUUGUUGUCUCCAUUUUAAUUCCCACUGUUUUAAAUAAGCGAGUUAAAAUUGAAUAAAUAAGUUAUACAAAAGAUGUC